GGAGAAGGUGCUAACAGACACAGCAUCUGAGUGCAGCACAGGGCAGGCCUGACGGACAAAGUGGGGAGCAAAGCUGGACAGGCAGAGAGAGCUUGGGAUCUGGAGGAAGGAGAAUCCAGUGUGUAAACCUAGGUGGGUAUCAAGAAAUAAUACUCGAUAAUGAUCCCGGUAGAGAAUUACAGAUAGACAGACACAGACAGACAGACUAGUCAAUCUAGGUGAUCUAACCACUUACAGUCUGUCUGUUUUCCUACAAUGAAUUACUCUAUAGUCAGACCAAUGAGUAAUUGAGUAAUUCUUCCCACAAUGUGCCCAGUUGUUGCUGCUCAGCUCUGUCUCUUCAAUAUCUGGUUUCAGGUUGUGCUCUAUAUUUCGCACAGUGUUUGUGGUAAUUCGGUAAAAUGGGUGAGGAUGAUUCAUCUAAAAUCAAUCUAUCUGAUCCAGGACCCACGGGGACCGCACACUCCAAAACCAACCAAAAAGGUAAAUUGAGAAGUCAUGGCAUUUAGCUAGAGAAAGUAUUAUAAGAGACAGUAUGAUAAGAUAAAGGGAAUGUAACUAGAGACAGCCUGCAAGGAGACGAGCUAUGUAACUAGAGACAGUGUGAUUAAACAUUGGGUAUGCAACUAGAGACAGUAUGAUAAGAGACAGGAUAUAUAACUAGAGACAGCAUAAUAAGAGACGAGGUAUGAAACUAGAAACUGUAUGAUAAGAGACAGGAUAUAUAACUAGAGACAGCAUAAUAAGAGUCGAGAUAUGAAACUAGAGACUGUAUGAUACGAGACCAGGUAUGUAAAUAGAGACAGUAUGAUCAGAAACGGAGUAUGUAAAUAGAGACAGUAUGAGAAGAGACGGGGUAUGAAACUAGAAACUGUAUGAUCAGAAACGGAGUAUGUAACUAGAGAAAGUAUGAUAAGAGACAGGAUAUAUAACUAGAGACAGCAUAACAAGAGAUGAGGUAUGAAACUAGAGACAGUAUGAUCAGAGAUAGGGUAUGAAACUAGAGACAGUAUGAUGAGAGACGGGUAUGCAACUAGAGACAGUAUGAUAAGAGACAGGAUAUGUAACUAGAGAUAGUAUGAUAAGAGACGGGGUAUGAAACUAGAGACAGUAUCAUAAGAGAGAGGAGACAGAGAGAGGAUAUGUAAAAAGAUACAGUAUGAUAAGAGACGGGGUAUGUAACUAGAGAGAGUAUGAUCAGAGACGGGGUAUGUAAAUAGAGAUGGUAUGAUUAAAGAAAGGGUAUGCAACUAGAGACAGUAAGAUAAGAGACAGGAUAUGUAACUAAACACGGGGUAUAUAUAUAGAGACAGUAUGAUAGGAGACGGACACUAUGAGAAGAGACGGGGUAUGUAAAUAGAGACAGUAUGAUAAGAGAUGGGAUAUGUAACUAGAGACAGUAUGAUCAGAGACAGGGUAUGUAAAUAAAGACAGUAUGAUCAGAGACAGGGUAUGUAACUAGAGACAGUAUGAUCAGAGACGGGGUAUGUAACUAGAGACAGUAUGAUCAGAGACAGGGUAUGUAACUAGAGACAGUAUGAUCAGAGACAGGGUAUGUAACUAGAGACAGUAUGAUCAGAGACAGGGUAUGUAAAUAGAGACAGUAUGAUCAGAGACGGGGUAUGUAACUAGAAACAGCAUAAUAAGAGACGAGAUAUGAAACUAGAGACAGUAUGAUAUGAGACCGAGUAUGUAAAUAGAGACAGUAUGAUCACAGACGGGGUAUGUAACUAGAGACAGUAUGAUAAGAGAUGGGAUGUGUAACUAGAGACAGUAUGAUAAGAGACGGGAUAUGUAACUAGAUACAGUAUGAUAAGAGACGUGGUAUGCAAAUAGAGACAGUUUGAUAAGAGACGGGGUAUGUAACUAGACACGGGGUAUGUAUAUAGAGACAGUAUGAUAGGAGACGGGGUAUGAAACUAGAGACAGUAUGAGAAGAGACGGGGUAUGUAAAUAGAGACAGUAUGAUAAGAGACGGGGUAUGUAACUAGAAACAGUAUGAUCAGAGACAGGGUAUGUAACUAGAGACAGUAUGAUAAGAGACGGGGUAUGUAACUAGAUACAGCAUAAUAAGAGACGAGAUAUGAAACUAGAGACAGUAUGAUAAGAGACAGGGUAUGUAACUAGAGACAGUAUGAUAAGAGAAGGGGUAUGUAAAUAGAGACAGUAUGAUCACAGACGGGGUAUGUAACUAGAUACAGUAUGAUCAGAGACGGGGUAUGUAAAUAGAGACAGUAUGAUAAGAGAAGGGGUAUGUAAAUAGAGACAGUAUGAUCACAGACGGGGUAUGUAACUAGAGACAGUAUGAUCAGAGACGGAGUAUGUAACUAGAGACAGUAUGAUCAGAGACGGGGUAUGUAAAUAGAGACGGUAUGAUAAGAGGCGGGGUAUGUAACUAGACACGGGGUAUGAUCAGUAUGAAAAGAGAAACAAAAGUAUCCCUAUAGGGAGACUACUGUGUUAUUGUGUCAGGGACAACCUCAUAGGGGAUAACCCUUGCUUAAGUAAAGAAAAAUGAAAAUUCCAGCGAGAAAAAUCUCUCUGGAAUAAUGAGUAGGAAGUCCCUUUAAUCAUCAGAUCGAAUAGUAUAAAAUGUAACUUUUAUUGGUAAGUUCAAAAUGUGUAAGUAGGAAUGAAAAAAUAAAAGUAAAAAAUAGAACAGAUAGACAGGCAGAUUGGUAAGUAUGUCCACUAGUUGUGAAGAGAAAAAAUUUCUCAGUCUAUUGAUAUAGAACAAAAUAGUGUCCACCAAUGAAUCAUAGAGUCCCCACUCUGGGAAAUUGAGAGAGAUAUAUAGAGUGAGCAAGCUAGCAAUAUUGUGAAUCACUCACACUGUAUCAAUUGUGAGUUGUCCUUAGUUAUAAAUAAAUGCAAGAAAUAUUAACAAUGCUUGAAUGGUGAACAUGGGCUGUUGAAUUGAAAGAGCCCAUAUAGGUACAGCAAACAGGUAUAUAUAGAACUAAGGAAGAGAGAGAGAUCCCCUACAAUCAAUAAGUAAAAAACAAAUAUAUAACAGGUGCCUAGAUAAACUGUUGUCCUGGUUAUAAAAAGUAAUGCUUGCUAAAUAUGGGUGGGCUAUCUUAAUCAGAACGAGCCCAAUAUAGUAAAGCAUGAAAAAGGAGUAUAAUUACAGCUAGAUGCCCUUCAAUUUCAACUUGGAAUCAACUCCCAAAUCUAGAUAACACCCCCCACUGGAAACAACUAUAGCACUUGUAGAGAACUAGUCCGAUCCAAUGUGGAGAGAGCAGCCUGAAGACUCUAACUGCCUGUCUAAAAACGCCUGGAACUACCUAACAUAUGUUUCGGCGCUGUUAACGCGCCUUCGUCUGAGGCAAGGCAACCGGAUGCAGCUCUCCGGUAACAAUUUAAAGCUGCACAUAGCCAAUCACUGUAAGGGGGGCGUGGUUACACCAUUCGCGCCCAAACAGGGUACGAAUUGGCCACGCCCCCUAUGAACGUGGUGCCUAAUGAUUGGUGGGAAGCCCCUAAGGGAAACGAACCAAGUUAACCCUUGAUAUUACUAUUUUAUCACAGUCUGUAGAGAACAUUUGAGGAAUGUUACUUAGUCCAUGUGAAUAUUAAUAAACUAGAGACCUAAACAAAAGGUCUCAAGAGGCACAUGAAUGGAAUGUGGAUACAAGAAAAAUAAUAAUGAUAAUAAUAAUACUCGCAUAAGCUCCACUUGUUAAAGAAAAAGGAUCCAAUUAUGUGUAAUUCAGAUGGCUUAUAUAGUAAUAUGUAAAGAGUUCAUUUAGACUGGAAAGAAGGGGGAGAGGGGCUUGCUCAGGCUCCACUUCUAUAUCAGAGAUAGGGUAUGAAAUAAACAUAAAUUCAUAACCUACAAAAAAAGAACGCUUGGCUCUCCAUAAAUUUUUCUAUAACCAUAAUGAAAAGAGAGCAAAAGAAUUAGGGUUCAAUAUGAGGGAAUAUCAAUGCCUGAAAGACCUUGUGUCCCUACUGGAAGAUAAUGAUGACACUAGAGAUAUACCAUACACUGACUUGUGCCCUAAAAGUAAGUUCACUCCCAAUAUAAAAGACUUCAAGAACAUUGAUAUGUUCAUCGAGUCGUCUUGUAAAAUGAUUGAGAAAAUCUCAAUGGAUUCACUACAAUUCUAUCCACACAACAAUCUCACCCAUGAUGAACGAAGGGCUCUUCAUGAACUACAGAAUAAUCAGGACCUUAUCAUUAAGCCAGCAGAUAAGGGAGGUAAUGUUGUGGUUAUGAAUAGAUCCCAGUACAUUGAACUAGCCUCGAGCAUUCUCAGUACCGAACAAACAUACAGAAUACUACCUACUGACCCUACGAAUAAGUUCCUUUGUGAACUUAAAAAUUUGCUAGACUCAGCUUUUGACAGUGGAGUUUUGAGUAAAGAUGAAUAUGCAUAUAUUUACAUAAGAAACCCCACCGUGUCGACAUUUUACUGUUUACCUAAAGUACAUAAACAGUAUAAUCUACUGACAGCUAGACCUAUAGUGUCCGGAUCAAAUAAUCUAACAUGUAGAGCUAGUAUCUACAUUGAUAGAAUUCUUCGUCCACAUGUAGAGAAAUUACCGUCUUACUUAAAAGACACAAAGGACACUUUAAAAUUCCUGCUAGCUACCAAGCUACCGGAGGGUGCUAUUAUAUGCAGCCUUGACGUAGAGGCACUAUAUUCAUCUAUUCCUCAUACCUCAGGUGUAUCCCAUAAUCGACAUUUUUUGAACACACGAGGAACAAAACAUCACAGUCAUACAUGCUUUGUGAUUGAUUUACUCAAAUUUGUACUCACUCACAACUUUUUUCUCUUCAACGGUCGAUACUACCACCAGGUGCAAGGCACAGCGAUGGGCACGUCUUGUGCCCCAUCUUAUGCCAAUUUGCACCUAGGGUGGUGGGAAGAGAAUGUGGUAUACUCAGAAAUGAAUGCCGAAUUCACCAAGUACAUCUUCCUAUGGAAGAGAUACAUAGAUGACAUUCUCAUUGUUUGGACCAGCACCGUUGACUCCUUUACAACUUUUGUUGAAAGACUUAAUUCGAAUAACCUGAACCUUAGGUUCACGAUGGAAAUUGGACAUGAGUCCCUUAAUUUCUUAGACUGCACUCUGAGAAUUACGGAUGAGCAUCUCAUUGAAAGCACUUUGUUUAGAAAACCCACCUCAACUAAUACGAUGUUGAGGUGGGAAAGCUACCAUCCUUUAACGCUGAAGAGAGGUAUCCCAGUUGGCCAAUACCUCCGCUUGAGGAGGAACUGCUCGACCGUGGAUGAUUUCAUCCUCCAGGCCAAAUCUCUGCGAUUGAGAUUCAAAGAAAGGGGGUAUCCCAACCGCUGCUUGAAAUAUGCCUACCAGAGGGCACUCAAUAGUGAUAGAGGGGGACUCUUUCAAGACAAACCAGUAUCUCUUAAACCUGAACCUAUCAGAUGCAUAGCUAAUUUUGAUGCUGGAUGGGAACAAGCUAAAAAGGUACUAAAUAGGUUUUGGCCCCUCCUCUCACAGGACCCCCAACUAGAUGGAGUUGUUACUCCACAUGUAUCCCUCACUGCACGAAGAGGAAAAAAUCUAAAAGAAACCCUUGUACCUAGCCACUUUUCACUCAAACAAACACAACAAUGUUGGCUAUCAGUGCAAGGGACUUACCAAUGUGGUAAAUGCGUGGCUUGUGGAUACAUCAAUAAAGGCUCAAAAGAACUAACAGAUUCAACAGACAAAACCAUCUGUAAGGUCAAACAUUUUUUCAAUUGCAAUACAAAGGGAGUUAUAUAUCUCCUUAGCUGUGUUUGCGGCUUGAAAUAUGUUGGCAAGACGAUACGCCCCUUUAAAAAGAGAAUCAUGGAGCAUGUAUACUCCAUUAGAAACCUCAGAGAAACCCCUGUGGCAAGACAUAUUAGAACUAGCCACAACGGAGAUUCUAAAGCCAUUAAAUUUGCAGGCAUCGAAAGGGUCAAUACAGGCGCUAGGGGAGGAGAUCUGGAUAGAAUCCUCUUAAAAAGGGAAUCGUUCUGGAUCUAUAGAUUCAACAGCUUAGCCCCCAACGGCUUAAAUGAGGGCUUUACCUUUACACCAUAUAUUGAUAAAUAAUAAUGAAGUACUUUAAUUAAAUUUCACUAACACUUUUUGUUCUACCUCUUUUUUUGUAGGUUAUGAAUUUAUGUUUAUUUCAUACCGUAUCUCUGAUAUAGAAGUGGAGCCUGAGCAAGCCCCUCUCCCCCUUCUUUCCAGUCUAAAUGAACUCUUUACAUAUUACUAUAUAAGCCAUCUGAAUUACACAUAAUUGGAUCCUUUUUCUUUAACAAGUGGAGCUUAUGCGAGUAUUAUUAUUAUCAUUAUUAUUUUUCUUGUAUCCACAUUCCAUUCAUGUGCCUCUUGAGACCUUUUGUUUAGGUCUCUAGUUUAUUAAUAUUCACAUGGACUAAGUAACAUUCCUCAAAUGUUCUCUACAGACUGUGAUAAAAUAGUAAUAUCAAGGGUUAACUUGGUUCGUUUCCCUUAGGGGCUUCCCACCAAUCAUUAGGCACCACGUUCAUAGGGGGCGUGGCCAAUUCGUACCCUGUUUGGGCGCGAAUGGUGUAACCACGCCCCCCUUACAGUGAUUGGCUAUGUGCAGCUUUAAAUUGUUACCGGAGAGCUGCAUCCGGUUGCCUUGCCUCAGACGAAGGCGCGUUAACAGCGCCGAAACAUAUGUUAGGUAGUUCCAGGCGUUUUUAGACAGGCAGUUAGAGUCUUCAGGCUGCUCUCUCCACAUUGGAUCGGACUAGUUCUCUACAAGUGCUAUAGUUGUUUCCAGUGGGGGGUGUUAUCUAGAUUUGGGAGUUGAUUCCAAGUUGAAAUUGAAGGGCAUCUAGCUGUAAUUAUACUCCUUUUUCAUGCUUUACUAUAUUGGGCUCGUUCUGAUUAAGAUAGCCCACCCAUAUUUAGCAAGCAUUACUUUUUAUAACCAGGACAACAGUUUAUCUAGGCACCUGUUAUAUAUUUGUUUUUUACUUAUUGAUUGUAGGGGAUCUCUCUCUCUUCCUUAGUUCUAUAUAUACCUGUUUGCUGUACCUAUAUGGGCUCUUUCAAUUCAACAGCCCAUGUUCACCAUUCAAGCAUUGUUAAUAUUUCUUGCAUUUAUUUAUAACUAAGGACAACUCACAAUUGAUACAGUGUGAGUGAUUCACAAUAUUGCUAGCUUGCUCACUCUAUAUAUCUCUCUCAAUUUCCCAGAGUGGGGACUCUAUGAUUCAUUGGUGGACACUAUUUUGUUCUAUAUCAAUAGACUGAGAAAUUUUUUCUCUUCACAACUAGUGGACAUACUUACCAAUCUGCCUGUCUAUCUGUUCUAUUUUUUACUUUUAUUUUUUCAUUCCUACUUACACAUUUUAAACUUACCAAUAAAAGUUACAUUUUAUACUAUUCAAUCUGAUGAUUAAAGUUACUUCCUACUCAUUAUUCCAGAGAGAUUUUUCUCGCUGGAAUUUUCUUUUUUCUAUGAUCAGUAUGAUCAGAGACGGGGUAUGUAACUAGAGACAGUAUGAUAAGAGACGGGGUAUGUAAUUAGAGACGGUAUGAUAAGAGACGGGGUAUGUAACUAGUUACAGUAAAAUAAGCGACGGGGCAUGAAACUAGAGAUAGUAUGAGAAGAGAAGGGGUAUGUAAAUAGAGACAGGAUGAUCAGAAAUGGUGUAUGUAACUAGAGACAGUGUGAUAAGAGAUGGGAUAUGUUACUAGAGACAGUAUGAUAAGAGACGGGUUAUGUAACUAGAUACAGUAUGAUAAGAGAUGGGAUAUGUAACUUGAGACAGUAUGAUAAGAGACGGGGUAUGUAACUAGAUACAGUAAGAUAAGAGAUGGGGCAUGAAACUAGAGACAGUGUGAUAAAAGACGGGGUAUGUAAAUAGAGACAGUAUGAUCAGAGACAGGGUAUGUAACUAGAUACAGUAAGAUAAGAGACGGGACAUGAAAAUAGAGACAGGAUGAUCAGAGACGGGGUAUGUAACUAGAGACAGUAUGAUAAGAGACGGAGUAUGUAACUAGAUACAGUAUUAUAAGAGAUGGGGCAUGAAACUAGAGACAGUGUGAUAAAAAACGGGGUAUGUAAAUAGAGACUGUAUGAUCAGAGACGGGGUAUGUAAAUAGAGACAGUAUGAUCAGAGAAAGGGUUUGUAACUAGAAACAGCAUAAUAAGAGAUGAAAUAUGAAACUAGAGACAGUAUGAUAAGAGACAGGGUAUGUAACUAGAUACAGUAAGAUAAGAGACGGGGCAUGAAACUAGAGACAGUAUGAUCAGAGACGGGGUAUGUAACUAGAGACAGUAUGAUAAGAGAUGGGAUAUGUAACAAGAGAUGCGGUAUGUAAAUAGUGACAGUAUGAUCAGAGACAGGGUAUGUAACUAGGGACAGUAUGAUCAGAGACAGGGUAUGUAAAUAGAGACAGUAUGAUAAGAGACGGGGUAUGUAAAUAGAGACGGUAUGAUUAAAGAAAGGGUAUGCAACUAGAGUCAGUAUUAUAAUAAAGACAGGAUAUGUAACUAGAGACAGUAUGAUAAGAGACGGGGUAUGUAACUAGAUACAGUAUGAUCAGAGACGGGGUAUGUAACUAGAGACAGUAUGAUAAGAGACGGGGUAUGUAACUAGAUACAGUAUGAUAAGAGACGGGGUAUGAUACAGUAUGAUAAGAGACGGGGUAUGUAACUAGAUACAGUAAGAUAAGAGAUGGGGCACGAAACUAGAGACAGUGUGAUAAAAGACGGGGUAUGUAAAUAGAGACAGUGUGAUCAGAGACAGGGUAUGUAACUAGAGACAGUAUGAUAAGAGAUGCGGUAUGUAAAUAGUGGCAGUAUGAUCAGAGACAGGGUAUGUAACUAGAGACAGUAUGAUCAGAGACAGGGUAUGUAAAUAGAGACAGUAUGAUAAGAGACGGGGUAUGUAAAUAGAGACGGUAUGAUUAAAGAAAGGGUAUGCAACAAGAGUCAGUAUUAUAAUAAAGACAUGAUAUGUAACUAGAGACAGUAUGAUAAGAGACGGGUUAUAUAACUAGAUACAGUAUGAUAAGAGACGGGUUAUAUAACUAGAUACAGUAUGAUAAGAGACAGGGUAUGUAAAUAGAGACAGUAUGAUCAGCGACAGGGUAUGUAACUAGAGGCAGUAUGAUCAGAGACAGGGUUUGUAACUAGAAACAGCAUAAUAAGAGAUGAGAUAUGAAACUAGAGACAGUAUGAUACGAGACCGGGUAUGUAAAUAGAGACAGUAUGAUCAGAGACGGGGUAUGUAACUAGAGACAGUAUGAUAAGAGGCGGGGUAUGUAAUUAGAGACGGUAUGAUAAGAGGUGGGGUAUGUAAAUAGAGACCUAAUUCUAGUGAUUAAAGAAAGGGUAAGCAACUAGAGACAGUAAGAUACGAGACAGGAUAUGUAUCUAGAGACAGUAUGAUAAGAAACGGGAUAUGUAACUAGAGAUAGUAUGAUAAGACACGGGGUAUGUACAUAGAGACAGUAUGAUCAGAGACGGGGUAUGUAACUAGAGACAGUAUGAUAAGAGAUGGGAUAUGUAAAUAGAGACAGUAUGAUAAGAGACGGGGUAUGUAACUAGAUACAGUAAGAUAAGAGAUGGGGCAUGAAACUAGAGACAGCAUAAUAAGAGACAGGGUAUGUAAAUAGAGACGGUAUGAAAAGAGGCGUGUUAUGUAACUAGAGAUGAUAUAUUAAGAGACGGGUUAUGUAAAUAGAGAUGGUUUGAUUAAAGAAAGGAUAUGCAACUAUAGACAGUAAGAUAAGAGACAGGAUAUGUAACUAAAGAUAAGAUAUGGGGCAUGAAACUAGAGACAGCAUAAUAAGAGACGGGGUAUGUAAAUAGAGACGUAUGAAAAGAGGCAUGGUAUGUAACUAGAGACGAUAUGAUAAGAGACGGGUUAUGUAAAUAGAGACAGUAUGAUAAGAGAUGGGAUAUGUAAAUAUACAGUAUGAUAAGAGACGGGGUAUGUAACUAGAUACAGUAAGAUAAGAUAUGGGGCAUGAAACUAGAGACAGCAUAAUAAGAGACGGGGUAUGUAAAUAGAGACGUAUGAAAAGAGGCAUGGUAUGUAACUAGAGACGAUAUGAUAAGAGACGGGUUAUGUAAAUAGAGACAGUAUGAUAAGAGAUGGGAUAUGUAAAUAUACAGUAUGAUAAGAGACGGGGUAUGUAACUAGAUACAGUAAGAUAAGAUAUGGGGCAUGAAACUAGAGACAGCAUAAUAAGAGACGGGGUAUGUAAAUAGAGACGUAUGAAAAGAGGCAUGGUAUGUAACUAGAGACGAUAUGAUAAGAGACGGGUUAUGUAAAUAGAGUGGGUUGAUUAAAGAAAGGAUAUGCGACUAUAGACAGUAAGAUAAGAGACAGGAUAUGUAACUAGAGACAGUAUGAUAAGAGACAGGAUAUAUAACUAGAGACAGCAUAACAAGAGACGGGGUAUGUAACUAGUUAUAGUGUUAUAAGAGACGGGAUAUGUAACUAGAGACAGUAUGAUCAGAGACGGGGAAUGUAAAUAGAGACAGUUGAUUAAAGAAUGGGUAAGCAACUAGAGACAGAAAGAUAAGAGACAGGAUAUGUAACUAGCGACAGUAUGAUAAGAGACGGGAUAUGUAGCUUGAUAUUGUGUGAUAAGAGAUGGAGUGUGUAACUAGAGACAGUAUGAUCAGAGAUGGGGUAUGUAAAUAGAGACGGUAUGAUUAAAGAAAGGGUAUGCAACUAGAGACAGUAUGAUAAGAGACGUGAUAUGUAACUAGAUACUGUAUGAUAAGAGAUGGGGUAUGCAAAUAGAGGCAAUAGGAUAAGAAACGGGUUAUGUAACUAGAUACAGUAUGAUAAGAGAUGGGGUAUGUAACUAGAGACAGUGUGAUAAUAGACGGGAUAUGUAACUAGAGACAAUAUGAUCAGAGACGGGGAAUGUAACUAGCGACAGUAUGAUAAGAGACGGGAUAUGUAGUUAGAUAUUGUGUGAUAAGAGAUGGAGUGUGUAACUAGAGACAGUAUGAUCAGAGAUGGGGUAUGUAAAUAGAGACGGUAUGAUUAAAGAAAGGGUAUGCAACUAGAGACAGUAUGAUAAGAGACGUGAUAUGUAACUAGAUACAGUAUGAUAAGAGAUGGGGUAUGCAAAUAGAGGCAAUAGGAUAAGAAACGGGUUAUGUAACUAGAUACAGUAUGAUAAGAGAUGGGGUAUGUAACUAGAGACAGUGUGAUAAUAGACGGGAUAUGCAACUAGAGACAGUAUGAUAAGAGACAGGAUAUGUAACUAGAUACAGUAUGAUAAGAGAUGGGGUAUGCAAAUAGAGGCAAUAGGAUAAGAAACGGGUUAUGUAACUAGAUACAGUAUGAUAAGAGAUGGGGUAUGUAACUAGAUACAGUAUGAUAAGAGAUGGGGUAUGUAAAUAGAGACAGUAUGAUCAGAGACGGAGUAUGUAACUAGAGACAGUAUGAUAAGAGACGGAGUAUGUAACUAGAGACAGUAUGAUCAGAGACGGGGUAUGUAAAUAGAGACGGUAUGAAAAGAGGCGGGGCAUGUAACUAGAGACAGUAUGAUAAGAGACAAGGUAUGUAAAUUUAUUUUAUUUUAUCUAUUUAGAAAAUAUUUUACCAUUAAAGAUACAUUGAGAUUUCUCUCGUUUUCAAGUAUGUCCUGGGUCCACAAAUCAUUGCAUUGUUACAAUAAAAUACAAAAAACAAUAUCAAUACACAAUAAAUACAAAAUUUAACAUAGAACAGGCAGGAAAUAUAUAAUUAACCAUGACAGGUGUAUUCUGUUUGAGGUAUGUAGAGAGAGAUCUCUUAAAGAACUUUAGGCUUAGUGAAGAUUUUAAAUUGUGCGGGAGAUCUUUUAGCAUGUCACCAUUGUGAAGGACCUAGUUAUUUUAACCUUUGGAGUGGAUUUAAUAGCCUUUAUUUUGCACACGCAUUACACUAAACAUUGAUCACUGAAAGUGUUUGGGAGAACACUGGCCUCCUUGAUUCUAUCAGGAGAAGUGGAGAGAAUCCGAUCUAGUAGGGUAUGGUUAUGGCUUUUAAUGUUUAUGCAAGUUGGGGAGGAGAUUAAUUGCCGUAACGACUACCCAGGUAGUAAGAGGGUAUCAGCCGUUGGAGACGUCCAUUUCCUGGCAAGCUGCUGUGUAGUAAUGAAGUUACUUAUUCCCAUCCACGAGAUCCAAGAGUAGAGUCAUGCAUAGCUGUUAAAAGGAGCAAGGUAAUUAUGCAGUAAAUCCCCUUCCAAAAACGAGACGAGGCUACGUUUUGAAGGGUCAAGCAGAAGGAUUCUCCUUUUAUGCAAUGCUGCCCAUGAAAGGGAGACACCUACAUAAUUAGUACAGUAACCAAUAACAGACAUGGUACAGACAUGGUACAGCCCACACAUCUCCUCUCCUCAGAUAAACAGUUAACAUAAUUAACACACACACAUUUUUACCCUAGUUUUGGAUGUACCCCAGAUAGCCCUCAUCUGGGGGAACAACAUAUUAAAAAAUCGUCCCAUUCGGUUUAGGCGUUCGGGAGUUAUGGGACUUUAAAGUUUUGACCGACCGCAUAGGCACACUAGCCGAAAAUAGUUCCAUAUAAUAGUCCUCGUUCAUGGGGUGAAAAGGCACGAAAAUCUUGCCAUCCAUGCGUAUCUUGCUGGUCGCUGGAAUCCCUGUAUGUAGUAUAUCCCAUCUACUGAAGGAAGGGCGUUCGGUAGUUUCAGCACGAAUUUAUGGUAUUAUGGAGGUUUCAGCGGUGUUCGCCUACUCGAGUGUCCGAUUUUAGUUCCAGACACUCGACGGCAAAUCACCGCUGUUUGUGCACUAAGUUGGCCGCGAACACAUGUUUAAAUGUCCCAAAAUGGCGGCCACCUAGGAUCUGAAACAAAGGAUUUCUCAUACGGAUUGUAUUUGCCGGUCUGGGAGGUAAAGUACCACAUAAUUGAAUAGCACGGUGGUCCGGUGUUCGGUAGUUUGUAUUCGUAUUUGUGACGAAAUGCCUUUUGUCCCUGGAUUGUUAGGUGACAAGCUGCCCUUUGCCCCCGGUUUUUGGAGGAACCUGUUUGCCAGCCUCCUUCCUCAUGACUAUGGCCCUGGGGUGUAUUGCCAUUUAAAAAGACUAUUUGGGGCUUAUUGGCUUCUAAAGACAGUUUCUUCCCAUUUGAAUCCAUGGGAAGGUGUGUUUCUUCCCCUCCCCCGUUUCCUGUCUAUUGUUCUCCAGCAGGGCGUUGUCCCAGGCACACUGCCAAACCAGUUGGAACUGACUGCUUUUGUCCCUCCUUGGUUUCUCAACAGCCCUUGCUAUGCUUUACCCCAUGGAAAAUCUACUCUGUUCAUGGGAUCUGAGCGCUGUUCACCUAGAUUGGGCGCUCAGAUCCGAGCUAUCUGGGGAUAGGUUAAAUGUGGGGGUUCUGUGUAAUAAAAUAAGAAUUAUGUAUUUUUAUGUACUUUUACGUAUUUUGCUGUUAGUGUUAAAUGUAGAUAUUUUCUGUACCUGGAGAUAAUUGAGUUUACUGCAGUGCCUUAAGCCAAUUAUCUCCAGGAUGGAGAGGAGGGAUUUAAUUGUGUAUGUGAGAGUGUUAUCAUGUUAAUUAGUGUUCCCAUUGGUUUGUGUCCCUUUUGUCACAGUUUACCACCAUGUCCAGGGGGUGUGCCUCUGACCUGAAAACUUGUAUAUAAGGAGUAAUAAACGCUCAUUGGAGUCAGAUCAUCUUGUACCUUCAUGAAGUUUCGGCUCAUGUUUGGGGGAUUGGAGAAACUACACUCUGGGGAUUGCUAUAAUCACUAUACUCCCCAGGGUAUAAUCACUAAGCUCUGCUAAGAGCUUGUUCCUGUUCCUGCUCUCUGGAAUUCGGAGAGAGGUCGACCUGCUGGAAGCUGGACCUUGGUCCUGGGUCCAGAGUGGGUGGAGACGGCGAGAUCCCAACCAAGCUGCGGCAGUUCGUGGGGUCUGCAGUGGUUAUGGUGUCAGGCAGAGUGCUUGGAGUCCUCGAAAAGCACUAGGAGCAUCCGUCGGCGGAAGGUACCCGGUCUGGGUGCCAGCGGUUCCGUCACAGUAUUUAUGCCUGCUGAGUCCCUACCGUAUGGGUCGUAUAAAUAGACGAAUACUGGCAAAAGUCCCGAACUGUGUUAACAUAAUCCACAUGAACCAGGUAAGCAUAUUCCAUUGUAUCCACAGUCUCGGUUAGUGAUAAAUAUUUCCAGGCAAAAGGUAAAGUUCUGUUACAUUUGCGUUAGCUGCAAAGUCUUAAACAGCGUGCAAGAACUAUUAAUUUUAGGAUUCAGCCAAUCAAUAUUAAAAUCUCCAAAGACCAACAGUUCACUUUUAGGGUUUUGAGCUAUGGUUUCACUAAGGAGAUGGGCUAUGUCAGAAAGGGAAUGCACAGGGGAGUUAGGUGGGCUGUAGAUUCCUGCAACAAUGAUUGAUUUACUGCGCGGGAUCUCAAUUGUGCCAGAAAGGAAAUCAAAGGUGGCAGGUGGACUAAGGUUUUGUAAAGGGGUAAACUUUAUGGAAUUGUCAACAUAAAUAACAAUGCCUCCUCCUCUCUUUGCUCUGUCAUUUCUAAAACAUGAAUAACCCUGUAUUGCAAUGGUGGUGUCUGGUAUUUUAGUCGUUAACCAUGAUUCGGGGAGCACAAUGAUUUUUGGUUUGUAAUGGGAACACCAGGCUUGCAGUGCAUCCAGUUUAGGGAGUAAACUACAGAUGUUGCAGUGCACAAAAGAGAGGCCUUUUUUAGUGGGGAGGUUAGGACUAGAAUUAGCUGGGGGCUCAGGGUUAGACUCCACAUCAUUUGCGAGGGCAAGUAACAUAAGGAAUAUGAAUUUAGACAUAAUUUUUGUUUGGCCAUAUAGUGAAUGGGAUACUUUAUAAUUUUGUGAGGUGGGGGUAGGAGCUCUCCACCAGCACUCAGCAGAUAAGUUACAGGAACAGAGCAGGCCAUGGUGUAUGAUAAUUUGUGUUCCAGUUUGAGGUGUGUGAUUAUGGUGGUAGUGAUGUGAACAAAAUUGGAGUGAGAAAAGGGUUAUUAAGAAUAACAGUAUGGUUAUAUUUGGAUUCAUGUUAGUGGUAUGAGGUGUGUAGUUGAAAAUGAAACAGAAAUUGCAAAAAACAAACAUUAAAUAAAAAUAUAUAGUAUUGGAGUGUGAUAUAUCUAUUUGUAGGGAGAGAGGGUAUGUGUGCUAUAGGGUUAAGAGAUUGGAAAGGUGUGCUGAUCAGUGUUUGCACCUGUCAUUUCAGGAGAUUGAAAGUUGUGUGGGAGACUAUCUAUAAAUGAGGAAAUAAGCAUGGGGUGGGUGGGAAAUCAGUCUUCCAGAAGGCUACCUGUUUCAAAUGGCCAUGGAACAGCUGAUGGAGCUCUGAGUUCUAUGCGGGACUGGGUAUGUUUAAAAAUCAGACUGUUUCAAAUGGCCAUGGAACAGCUGAUGGAGCUCUGAGUUCUAUGAUGGACUGGGUAUGUUUAAAAAUCAGACUGUUUCAAAUGGCCAUGGAACAGCUGAUGGUAUGAUUAAAGAAAUGGUAUGCAACUAGAGACAGUAAUAUAAGAGACAGGAUAUGUAACUAGAUAUAGUAUGAUAAGAGAUGGGGUAUGUAAAUAGAGACAGUAUGAUCAGAGACGGGGUAUGUAAAUAGAGACAGUAUGAUCAGAGACGGGGUAUGUAACUAGAAACAGCAUAAUAAGAGAUGAGGUAUGAAACUAGAGACAGUAUGAUAAGAGUCAGGGUAUGUAAAUAGAGACAGUAUGAUCAGAGACGGGGUAUGUAACUAGAGACAGUAUGAUAAGAGUCAGGGUAUGUAAAUAGAGACAGUAUGAUCAGAGAUGAGGUACAUAACUAGAGACAGUAUGAUAAGAGAUGAGCUAUGUAAAUAGAGACAGUAUGAUAAGAGAUGGGGUAUGUAACUGGAGACAGUAUGAUAAGAGAAAGAGGUAUGUAUAUAGAGACAGUAUGAUCAGAGAUGGGUUUGCAUCUAGAGACAGUAUGAUGAGAGACGGGUAUGCAACUAGAGACAGUAUGAUAAGAGAUGGGAUAUGUAACAAGAUACAGUAUGAUAAGAGACAAGGUAUGUAAAUAGAUACAGUAUGAUAAGAGACGGGAUAUGUAACUAGAGACCGUAUGAUAAUAAUCGGGAUAUGUAACUAGAGACUGUAUGAUAAGAGAUGGGGUAUAUAACUAGAGACAGUAUGAUAAGAGAAAGGGUAUGUAACUAUAGGCAGCCUGACAGGAGACUGGGUAUGUAACUAGAGACAGUAUGAUAAACAAUGGGAUAUGUAACUAGAGACAGUAUGAUAAGCAAUGGGAUAUGUAACUAAAGACAGUAUGAUAAGCAAUGGGAUAUGUAACUAGAGACAGUAUUAUAAGAGAUGGGGUAUGUAACUAGAGACAGUAUGAUAAGUAGACAUGUGCAAUUCGUUUCGUACAUUCGGACGAAUUUCGUGCAAUUUGGACAUUCGAAUGCCUUUGAACGUCUGAAGUGCCGAGUUUCCAAAGUGCCGAAGUUCGGUAGUUCGGAAGUGCCGAACCGAAUUGCGAAUUGCCGAGGUGCCAAAGAGCUUAGGAUUUGUGAAAAGUGGCAAAACAAGAAAGGGAGGAAAAAUUACGUGAAUGAUGACAGGAAUCUUGACUAAUUCCUGACACUGGGAGCCCUAUACAUGUGUAAGUGGUUGUGGUGGGUUAGAGAGCCCUACAGAUGUGUAAGUGGUUGUGGUGGCAGUCUGAAAGCCCUUUAGAUGUGUAAGUGGUUGUGGUGUUAGGGAGUCCUACAGAUGUGUAAGUGGUUGUGGUGGAAAAGUGCUUCAGAUUUCUGAAAAGUGGCAAAACAAGAGAGAGAUUCUUACGAAUGUCCAAAUUGCCGAAGUUUCGAUUUGCUGAAGUUCCGAAGUGCCGAAUUUCCGAAGUGCCGAACUGAACAGAAUGCCAUUGGUCCAAAUUGCUGAAGCAGACACAUUUUAUGACUUUAUGAUUUAUGAUUUAUGGCUGCCAUGAAAUUUCUUGGAUAAUUUCGAGAACAAGGUGAUUAGUCCAGGAACAGACAUUGUAAAAUAAAGGAUGAACUCCAAAGGUAACAAUGGGGUCAGGAUCAGGAAGCAAGAGAAAUGUUAGAGACAAGACAGGAACAAAAUUCACCACUGUAUGCUGAUUUAUUGGAGGCAUUCAGGGCUCUAUAACAUGUGAGUGUAUAAACUAUAUACUUACAUUAUGAUUCAAAAGCUGCCUUACGUACUAUACCAUAUUUUGUUCAUGUUCUCUGCUCUAUGUUUCAUGUCUUGGUGAGAACAAUUAUACAAAACAAAAAGAUAUCUCACAUAUCCUUAGAUUGGGAUUGUUACACCCAGGCCCAUUAUCUCUAUAUAUAUCUAAUGUAAGUGGCUCUUAACACUUAUUCCUGUCCUGAAAUAGCGUUAUCCUCCACCAUUGGAUUUUUUUUAUCUUACAUAUAUAUCCAUGGAAACGCCACCAUCCACCGACUGUGAAUAAUGACCAUUUCUCUAAAUAGGAGGAAAGACCAGUCGCAGGAUUGUUACUGCUACACACCAACAGAACUGUUUUAGAGCUUGAUCUUCUAUUUGUAUUACUGUGUAAAGGUCGGACACUGGAGUUGACAUGCUAAUGUUAUGGAAAGCAAAUCAAUGGCAGUAACUAUGGAAAGGAACAUUUUAGUGUAACCUGGAAAUCACAGGAAACAUUACAAGGAAAGAAAUAGGAAAAUGGGCAGAAUAUGGUAAAAUACAUUACCGUUACUCAAUAGCAUAGUACCGUCCUAGGACUAAUAAUAAAAGAUAUGGUUAGCAGAGGGGGCAGUGAGGUUGUAGAGAUAUUAUAAUGAAUAGAGGAAGAAAUAACAGAUUUAGAAUGACCAGCCAUAUUCUAGUCUGGGCGUGCUUUAAGUGUAAUCCAUCAACCACAGAUACACGUGGAGGAGAAUCCCGCACUCAGAGAUACCUUAUAGCAGUAAUUAAUGAUUAAACAAUUAAACAGAACCACUACCUCUAAUGACAUAGCUGGACAUUUAUUGUCAGAUUUCUAAGUGUUAUUUCUCUUUCAGUGGAUUCACCUUGUGAGAGAUUGAUGGUAGUUAUCACAGCUCUCAUUAUGGCUUGUUUCUUCUUACUGAUUGUCACAAUAAGGCUGGGAGGCCACAUCAUGUACAGUAAGUACACAUCACUCACACAGGAUAUACAGUAAGUACAGUAAGUACCAGGGCCGGACUGGCCCACCGGGAUACCGGGAAAUUUCCUGGUGGGCCUUUGGCACCUGGGGUCGGGCAGGCAGCUGACUGUUCUGGCGGCCGGAGGAGGAGCUGGCUGUUCUGGUGGCAGCAGGGGGGAGCUGGCUGUUCUGGUGGCCGUAGGGGGAGCUGGUUGUUCUGGCGCCUGCAGGGGGAGCUGGCUGUUUUGGCAGCCACUGGGGGAGCUGGGUGUUCUGGCGGCCGCAGGGGUAGCUGGCUGUUCUGUCUCUGCUCCCCCGCCCCAGCACGCUACAAAGAGACCGGGGCCGGAAUAUGAUGUCAUAUUCCGGCCCCGGUCUCAUUAAGUGGCGCGCUAGGGUAGCAGAGACAGAACAGCCAGCUCCCCCUGCGGCUGCCAAAAGAGCUCCCUCUGCAGCCGCCAGAAGAGCCAGCUCCCCCCAUGCGGCUGCCAUCAGAGCUCCCCAUUCGGCCGCCAGCACACAGGUAGCAAUUAUGUGUGUCAGUGUGAGUGUAUGUCUGUGUCAUUUGUGUGUGUCUGUCUGUGUCAUGGUGUGUGUGUCUCUGUCUGUGUCAUGGUGUGUGUAUGUGUGUGUGUCUGUCUGUGUUAUGCAAUGUGUGUGUCAUUGUGUGUGUCUGUCUGUGUCAUGGUGUGUGUCUCUGUCAUGGUGUGUGCAUCUGUGUCAUGGUGUGUGUGUGUGUGUGUGUGUGUCUCUGUCCAUGUCAUGGUGUGUGUGUGUGUCUGUCUGUGUCAUGCAAUGUGUGUCUGUGUCAUGGUGUGUGUGUGUGUGUGUCUCUGUCUGUCAUGGUGUGUGCGUCUGUCUGUGUCAUGCAAUGUGUGUCUGUGUCCUUGUGUGUGUGUGUCAUGUAAUGUGUGUCUCUCUGUGUCACGGUCUGUUUGUGUCAUGGUGUGUGUGUCUGUAUGUCAUGUCUGUGUCAUGUAAUGUGUGUCUGUGUCACAGUGUGUGUGUGUCUUUGUCACAGUCUCUCUGUGUCGUGGUGUGUGUGUCUGUAUGUCAUGGUGUGUGUGUCUGUCUGUGUCAUGUAAUGUGUGUCUGUGUCACGGUCUGUCUGUGUUAUGGUGUGUGUGUCUUUUUUAAGGUGUGUGUCUGUCAUGGUAUGUGUGUGUGUCUGUCUGUGUCAUGGUGUGUCUGUCUGUCAUGGUGUUUGUGUUUCUGUCUGUGUCACGGUAUGUGUGUGUCAUGGUAUGUCUCUAUGUGUGUUUUUACUCACCUUUUUUUCCCCCACGUCGUGCUGGUCUUCCCUCGACUGACCCUGCCUCUAUGUUUGAGAUCAUCAAGCUUGAUGAUCUCAGCCAAUCUGACACAGGAAGCACCUCUAGUGACCGUCUGAGUGUCUGUCACUAGGAAGCAAUGUAAACACUGCCUUUUCUCUAAAAAGUCAGUGUUUACAUUGAAAAGCCUGCAGGGACAGGCUAUAGAUACCAGAGCCACUACAUUGAGCUGUGUGUGUGUGCGCGCCUGCUAGUGAGUGGGCUUGCCUGAUGGUGAGUGGACUUUGUACUCUAUUUAUAAUGAGAUUGUUCUCAGACUUUUUUUUGUUUUGUUUUUAUGAAAUGUUUGCGUCAUCCCUAUUUAACUGACCUUUUUUUUUGGGGGGGGGGGGGUUUGUGUGUGUGUGUGCCUGCUACUGAGUGAGCAUGUGUUUUUAUGUCAAUGACCUUAUGUAUAUCAGUGAGAUUGUUUGUCUAUGAGGCUGUGUAUCAAUCAGCUUGUGUCAGUGAGAUUGUCUGUGUCUGCAUGUGAGUACUCUGAAAGAACCAAUAUUUUAUAUUGGAAAAAGCAAUAUAUAUAUCUCAAUCAUCUAGGGUGGCAAGACAUAGCCUUACAUAUUACAUGCAACAAUAUAUGGCGCAAUGACUUUAGGGGGCUGGCAUAGAUUUUUUUUCCAGGGCUGCUUUGGAAUCUCCGGUCCGGCCCUGGUAAGUACACAGCGCUUCCACUGUAAUUACAGUAAGUACACAUCACUCACACAGUAAGUACAGUAAGUACACAGCGCUUCCACGGUAAUUACAGUACACAACACUCACAAAGGAUGUAUAGUAAGUACACCGUGCUCACAUAGUACAUUACGUACACAUUAGUCACACAUUAAGUACAGUAAGUACACAGUAAGUACACAGUGCUCACACAUUAAGUACACAUCACUCAGACAGGAUGUAGAGUAAGUAUACAGUGCUCACACAGUAAGUAGAGUAAGAACACAACGUUCACGCAGUAAGUUCAGUAAGCACACAUUACUCACACAGUGAGUACAGUGUAGCGGAUGGCAUUAGACUGUCCUCAAGGGUUAGGUUAAAAAGGCAAUUCGUGUGUUUUAUUUCCCUGUAUAAUUAACAAUGUAUGUAUUAUUCGUAUGUUUGUUCGGUAGUUUUCAUCCGUAUCCCAUACGAAUGAAAACUACCGAACCAGUAGACCACCCCAGAGAGAAGUGUGUACCUUAUUAGGCUUUCACACUUCUCUAACCACAAAGCAAUCGGUACUUUAUUGCUGUAUCUGGGUGGCCACCAUUCGGCAUACGAACACGUGGCGGCGGCCAUCUUACGCACGAAACCUCAGAGUUGUUUGGUCGUCGAGUGUACUCAAGUGGAACUCAAAUCGGACACUCGAUUACCCGAACACCGCUGAGUCCUCCAGAGCUCCGUAACUCCCGAACGGAGGGGCCAACCAGCCCCUCGUUCGGUGAAGUUAACAUACCGAACAAGGGGAUUGAUACGAACACCGUUUUAAUAGUGGAUGGCAAAGAUUUAUACAUGUUUUAUCUCCCAAACGGAGACUGACCGCAGGGCCAAAACACAUGGAGCCCUUUUCGGCUACCACCUCGUGUGUGGUCGGUCAAAUUGUUCUUUCCCCAUAACUCCCGAACUCCUGGUCCGAUCUGGGUGAAUUUUGAAUAUGUUAGUCACCCAGAUCAGGGCUACCAGAGGGUGCCACUUAGAUAAUUGUACCCCACAGUUUUGGGGUACAUCCAGAAACCAGGUAAAACUGUAACAGAGAUAAGUGGAUUAUGUGUCACACUGAGGGGAGGAGAUGUAUGGGAGGUAACUACUGUACUAUUGGCUACUGUCCCAAUUAUUGUAAAUCCCUUGCAUGGGAGAAGCCUUUAUAAGGAAUCUGUGUGAUUAAAAGUUCAGUUCUGCUCCUGAUGCUGUGUGUCAUCCAGUCAUUGGGAUUGAGGUUGGGAUAUUGUUGGAGUAUUUUGCCUGCCGGUAAUAUUACCUUUUGGAUUUAUAAUACUUGUUCCUGAGCCUUACUGGGAUCUAAGGUGGAGAUAACCUGUGUAAUAGCAGCUCUCCGCUACAUUGGGGGCAGCGGUGGGAUCCAGACUCACAAAGGAACAAGGACUGAUGGAAUACGGAUGGAGAGUGAUUAUUCUAAGCUAAAAAGAGCCACACUAAAAGACCUACUAGAAGCAAGAGGUAUUGCAGCAAGCAACAAAAGCAACACUCAUUGCAGAGGUUAUGGCAGAAUACCAAACCGAGGGCAGUGCUAUCCCUGAACAACUUCAGAGGCAGCUACAAUUUAGGCUGGCCUUCUAUGGAGAAAAUCCAAUGGUUGACAUUAUCUCCAGGACAAUGACUGAAGUGCAGGAAUUUAUAAUACGCCAAAGACCACCACAGACCACAGCGAGAAACACAGCAACCACUACCAACACAGAGGGUAAGACAAAAAUACCUUACCAAGCUUUUAAAACUUAUGUGGAGGCAGAGGAGGACAUAGACGCAUUCCUCCAAGACUUUGAGAGACUUUGUGCACUGCAUAAGAUUGGUCUAGAAGAGUGGGUACCCAUUUUAGCAGGUUGGCUAACUGGAAGGGCAGCUGAGACAUACAGAACGGUACCAGACGAGGAAAUUCGGAACUACCACAGGGUAAAAGAGGUUAUUCUGGCCCGAUAUGCCAUCACACCAGAGUCAUACUGGAGGCGAUUCAGAGAGUUGAAAAGGAAUGAAAAGGACUCACAUGUUGAAUGGGCUCGCAGGCUGCACAGGGCCGCCCUCGGAGGGGUACAGGCAAACAAGGCUCGGUCCAUGGAGGACUUAUUACAGAUGUUGCUAUUAGAACAAUUUUAUGAUGGGAUCCAGACAGAUGUACAAGAAUGGGUGAGGGACCGCAAUCCAACCUCCCUCACAGAGGCGGCUAAGAAAGCAGACGAAUACCCGCCCCCAUCAAGACCAACUAAGAGACCGCGCUACCUGGAUCCGUCCAGGCCCUCCUUCACCACCUCGAGCAGCAGCCCACUGCUACCGACCUGAGACACCAACUCCAUAUGGCUCGGCAAUCCCCAUCACUACUGUGGAACAAUGGGAAGUGUUACAGGAAGCGGAUCCCAUACAAGCGAAUGCAGACAACCGUCAACAUCAUCGACAAACUGUCUACCUGGAGGGGAAAGCGGUACAAGGGGUCCGCGACUCUGGGGCCACCAUAACUCUGGUCAAAAGUCACCUUGUAUCCGAUCAAGCCAAGACCAGCCGAACUGUAGCAGUCAGGGUAGCCGGGGGAGCAGCAUACCGGCUACCCACAACUCGGGUACAUUUGCAUUGGGGAGCGGGGUUUGGUAAUGUGGAAGUGGGGUUAAUGCCACAAUUGCCUGUGGAGGUUUUGCUGGGGAAUGAUCUGGGCAAACUCACUUCUGCUUUUGAGCCUUAGGCACCAGCAACCGGAGAAGUACACCCAGUGGUCACUCAACAACAGGCUCGCACCCAGGACUACAACACACUCCCGGAGGUCCAGGUAAGAGAUCCUUCCCAUUCCUUAGAAUGUAUCCCCUGGGCUCCCCCUACUGGAUUUGCGGCUGAGGUUAUCACAGACCCCACAUUACAGGUCUAUAGAGACAAGGUCACCUCAGACCAACCUGGGGGGGAGGGCGAAAGAUUUGUAUGGUAUAGACAGCUGCUGUAUAAGGAGUCUGACAAGCAGGUAGCUGGGUCAUACCUGAUAGUCAUGAGGCAUCUAGUAGUACCACCACGGUACCGAUCUGAAUUACUCCGGAUAGCGCACGAUAUUCCACUAUCCGGACAUUUGGGGGUCAGUCGCACCCGGCACCGACUGACCCAAAGUUUAUUUUGGCCAGGAGUUAGCCAGGAAGUUCGUAGGUACUGCAGUACUUGUGACACGUGCCAACAGGUAGGGAAAAGAGGGGACCGGCAGAAGGCAAAACUGCAUCCGCUACCUAUAAUUGAGGAGCCGUUCAGUAGGGUAGCUGUAGAUUUAAUAGGCCACCUUCAGAGAACCAGCCCUUCUGGUAAAAAGUAUAUUUUAACGUAGUAGACUAUAUCACCCGAUAUCCAGUGGCAGUGGCUUUGACUAACAUCCAUGCAGAAACCGUGGCUGAGGCCCUGAUGCAGAUUUUCUCCCGGAUGGGGUUACCCAGGGAGAUCAUAUCGGAUCAGGGCACCCAGUUCACUGCGGAAGUUACCCAGCACCUCUGGAAAUUCUGUGACAUCAAGCCUAUAAUCAGUGCUCCAUACCAUCCCCAGACCAAUGGGCUAUGUGAGCGGUUCAAUGGAACAUUGAAACAAAUGCUCCGAACCUUUGCAGACACCCAUAGGGACUGGGAGCGAUUCAUGCCCCAUCUCCUAUUCGCUUACCGGGAGGUGCCGCAAGAAUCGACCGGGUUUUCCCCAUUUGAAUUAUUAUUCGAGAGGAGGGUAAAAGGACCCCUUGACCUGAUUAGGGAGCACUGGGAGGGAGAACGGAGCGCAGACGGUACCCCAUCAUACCAUAUGUGCUGGCAUUCUGAGAUCGACUGGAGGCAUUGACUAAGUCUGUAAGGGAGAACCUACAGGCCACUCAGACUCGCCAGCGCACAUGGUAUGAUCGGGGCGUCAGGGACCGUAGCUUCCAGGUUGGGCAGAAGGUUUUAAUUUUAAAACCUGUCCGACAUGAUAAGCUACAGGCCGCCUGGCAGGGCCCUUAAAAAGUGGUGGAACAAAGAUGUGACACCACCUAUAUAAUUGGCCCCUGCGCCGGAACUGGAGGGCGACGCAUGAUCAACGUGAACAUGAUGAAGCCCUACCAGGAACGGUCAGAGGAGGUAACAGCCAUUUGUGCCCCCUCCUCUGAGGAGUUUGACAAUCUUCCCCUCCCAGAUCUGCUGGGGGACGGUUGGCUGUCCGGGGAUCUAGGGGAGGUUACGUUACGCUGGGAGAUCGGUUGAGCCCACAGGAGUGUACCGAGGUGCAACAGUUACUAAAGGAGAAACAAGAUACCUUCUCCAAUAUACCUGGGUACACCCCUCUGGCCACUCACCAGGGCAGCUUCCCAUGCGCCAGACACCUUACCGCAAUCCCUGAAGCAGGGAACAUGCACAAGGAGAUUGAGGAGAUGCUCCAACUGGGGGUGAUUGAGCAGUCAGAUAGCCCCUGGGCCUCCCCAGUAGUCCCCGUACCUAAGCGGGAUGGCACAACCCGCUUCUGCGUAGAUUACCGGAGGAUAAACGAAAAGACAGUAUCUGACGCAUACCCGAUGCCCCAGAUAGAUGAACUGUUAGACCGGAUGGCCAGGGGCCAAUACCUCAUGGCCAUUGAUCUUUGUAAGGGGUAUUGGCAGAUUCCCCUGGCCCCGGACACAAUCCCUAAGUCCGCCUUUGUCACCCCAUUUGGCUUGUACCAAUUUAAGGUAAUGCCGUUUGGGAUGAAAAACGCACCGGCUACCUUCCAGAGGAUGGUGGACCGACUCCUAGAUGGGUUUUGUUAAGACACCUCCAGUGUCUUUAGGCCAAACCGCCGUUUAGUAAACCUUCCCCGGCUGCAGUACAGUCUCCGUUCGCUUACUCUGUAACCCACGAACCAAAUGCAGGGGAAGCGGCAAUCUCCCGAUCGAAAUCAACGAACGGCUCCAAACUCCUGAACGGCAAUAUACGAACUGCUGGUAACCGUCGAACAGUAAUAUUCCCAAAUCGGCUUUCGUUCCAUCCAGCAGUCUCUAAACGUGAAGAAGAAAUCCCCCCAAUAACGAGACAGAAGCUCCGCAUUGAGGGUCAAACAGAAUCUGGUUUUACUGUGGGCUACCUGCCCGUAUUUAUGCAGGUCUCCCACCUGGUGGACACUCCCCUAGGGGACCAAAUGGGAGACUUAAACUACAGACAGAUAGAAGGACAUUUCAGACACACAGUCACAUAUUUUACCCACAGUGCAUUAUGAUUCCCUCCCCUCUGCCCUGGAGUUAAUUACCAAGUAACUCAAUUAACUCCAGGACAAGGACAGUCGCCAUCUUAGACAUAAAAUAAUAAAAGACAUAAAAAUACAUAACUACAUGAAAACUGAACAUUUCCCGUUAGUAUUACAUGUCCCCAGAUAGCCUGGAUCUGAGUGCAUAUUAUUAGCGAAUAGCGCUCAGAUCCCACACACAUAGUUCAAUCGCCAUGGAGUCAAAGUUCUUACAGUCUUUCGGUAUACGAAUGACUCCAUGGGAAGGCUAUCUGGGUUCAGUCUUUUGUAUGCUCUCAAUCUCCCGAACGGCCGGUGUUCGCAUGCUUCCGUGGAGGCAGCCAGGCGUUCCCUUGUUUCAGCGGUGUUCGGCAGAAAAAGUGUCCAUUUCAGUUCCAUAGAAAUAGAGCCAAACACCGCUGGGCGUUCGCGUGAUUUAAAAUGGCCGCGGCCUCGUGGUCGACAUACGAACGACGACCACCCUGAGUUCGGUUUAAUUGAGAAGUGUCUGCGGUUAACCACAACGUUCUAAUUGGGAUCACUUUGUUAACCAGCAGCACACUCCUCACUUGCGUGGCCGUUCGUUCGGCAGAUUUGUUCGGGAAAAAGAGUCAUUCGAAUGGCUGGGCUAUAGAAACCAGCCAUUCAUACGAACGGGGGACAAACAGACGAACGGGGUAAAAAUCCAGCAGACAGAUGGUUCUGUCACAGGUUUCAAGAUUACACCUGUGCCUAUUUAGAUGACAUUGCUAUCUUUAGCAAUACCUGGCAGGAACAUCUGACCCACGUAGGAGCAGUGUUAGAUAGAAUCCGGGAAGCCGGAUUAACCUUGAAACCUGCUAAAUGCUGUAUAGGUAUGGCGGAGGUACAGUACCUCGGACACCGAGUAGGGUGAGGGAAGCGGAAGCCUGAACCCGCAAAGGUAGAGGCCGUAGCACAAUGGCCGACCCCCAGGACAAAGACCCAGGUACUUGCUUUUCUAGAGACCGCAGGGUAUUACAGGAAAUUUGUGCCCAACUAUAGUGCCCUGGCCAAACCCCUUACUGACCUUACCCACAAAAACCUUCCCCGCCAAGUAACUUGGACCCCGGAGUGUGAGCAGGCAUUCCAACUUUUGAAAAAUGCACUUAUCAAUGCCCCUGUCUUGGCCGCUCCCAAUCCGACUAAACGUUUCCUUGUUCACACAGACGCUUCUAUGUUUGGAUUGGGGGCAGUAUUAAGUCAAGUCGGGGCCGAUGGCGGAGAACAUCCCGUAGCCUACAUCAGCCGGAAGCUAUUACCUAGAGAAGCUACGCCGCCAUUGAGAAGGAGUGCCUGGCUGUGGUGUGGGUCUUAAAGAAAUUGCAACCCUAUUUAUAUGGACAGUCCUUUUCCCUGCUCACGGAUCACAACCCGUUGGUAUGGUUAAACCGGGUGGCGGGGGACAAUGCCCGGCUGCUGCGGUGGAGUUUGGCGCUGCAGCCAUUUGACUUUAACAUCCAGUACCGCCCGGGAAAACAGAAUGGCAACGCUGACGGAUUGUCCAGACAAUCUGACCUUGAAAAAUGAUCCGUGAACCGCCCGGACAUCCCCAAGCCGAUCCGUGUUGGAUCAGACUGUGUAUGCUGGCUUGUGGGCAAGGGGGAGCAGUGUAGCGGAUGGCACUGGACUGUCCUCAAGGGUUAAGUUAAAAAGGCAAUUUGUGUGUUUUAUUUCCCUGUAUAAUUAACAAUGUAUGUAUUAUUCGUAUGUUUGUUCGGUAGUUUUCAUCCGUAUCCCAUACGAAUGAAAACUACCGAACCAGUAGACCACCCCAGAGAGAAGUGUGUACCUUAUUAGGCUUUCACACUUCUCUAACCACAAAUCAAUCAGUACUUUAUUGCUGUAUCUGGGUGGCUGCCGUUCGGCAUACGAACACGUGGCGGCGGCCAUCUUACGCACGAAACCUCAGCGGUGUUUGGUCUUCGAGUGUCUGGAACUCAAAUCGGACACUUGAUUACCCGAACACCGCUGAGUCCUCCAGAGCUCCGUAACUCCCGAACGAAGGGGCCAACCAGCCCCUCAUUCGGUGAAGUUAACAUACCGAACAAGGGGAUUCAUACGAACACCGUUUUAAUAGUGGAUGGUAAAGAUUUAUACAUCUAGUCACCCAGAUCAGGGCUACCAGAGGGUGCCACUUAGAUAAUUGUACCCCACAGUUUUGGGGUACAUCCAGAAACCGGGAAAAACUAUAACAGAGAUAAGUGGAUUAUGUGUCACACUGAGGGGAGGAGAUGUAUGGGAGGUAACUACUGUACUAUUGGCUAAUGUCUCAAUUAUUGUAAAUCCCUCCCUUGCAUGGGAGAAGCCUUUAUAAGGAGGUUGUGUGAUUAAAAGUUCAGUUCUGCUCCUGAUGCUGUGUGUCGUCCAGUCAUUGGGAUUGAGGUUGGGAUAUUGUUGGAGUGUUUUGCCUGCUGGGCAUAUUACCUUCUGGAUUUAUACUUGUUCCUGAGCCUUACUGGGAUCUAAAGUGGAGAUAACCUGUGUAAUAGCAGCUCUCCACUACAUACAGUAAGUACACAUCAAUCACACAGUAAGUACAGUAAGUACACAGUGCUCAAACAGUAAGUAGAGUAAAAACACAGCGUUCACACAGUAAGUUCAGUAAGCACACAUCAAUCACACAGUGAGUAAACAGCGCUCACACAAUAAGUACAGUAAGUACACAUCACUCACACAGGAUGUACAGUAAGUGCAAAAUGCCCACACAGUAAGUGCACAGCACUCAUACAGUAUUUACAGUAAGUACACAGUGCUCACACAGUAAGUACGAAGUGCUUACACAGUAAGUACAGUAAGUACGUAACACUCAUUGUCUGCCUCUCCUUACAAAGCUCUAGAUGGAAUGGUAAAUGAUAACUUUAAUAAACUCAUUAUUUCUGCCAUUUUAUUAUAUCUAAAUCCUUUCUAAUAAACUGUAUGUUUCCAGGAGCCAAUGAUGCAGAGUGGACAGUCUGUGCAGAAAUACAACGUAACAUUACAUGGCUGGAGGAGAGACUGCGAUGUCUGGAAACCACCAUAAGUGCAGCAGGUUUGUACAUUAGAUUUUCGAUGGAUGAUUGGAAUAUCACAAUUUCAUGUUAUCCCUUUAUCACAAUACAGACAGGGGGUUUAGAUAUCCGCACAUAGAAUACAUGGAUUUAACCAAGGAAUAAACCAUUUAUACGAGGUAUGGGUCGAUUUACUUUAAAGAAAACAGUGUGAGGGUUAAUUUGGUGACGCCGCUACAGCGCAUUGUUUCAUCUCCCAUAAAUUUGGUGGUGGAACUUUAUUAAAACCAGCGUGUGUGGUGUACUGCCCGGGGGACAGAAAUAAGGCAUUGUCCAUGUCCGAUGGGGUUUAAAGAUCUUCCAUAUCAUCUCCGUGUGUCUUAAUGCUGUGUUUGUUCCCCUACAGAGCAGAAUAAAUGCCCAUCAGGAUGGACUUUCAUUUCCGAUAAAUGCUAUUUCUUCUCUGAUGAUAAAAAACCAAGAGAUGAAAGUGAUGAUUUCUGUGCAAAACAUGGAGCAAAACUAGCGACUGUCAAAGGAAAUGAUCCAGAGUUACAGGUAGAGAGAUCACAUUUUAAGUAUUAUUUCAGUAAAUGCAUUGUUCUGUUAUUAGUGAGUGUAACAUUAUAAUGUGGCUCCCAUACUGAUUAUUGAUUACUGAUUAUUGAUUACUGAUUAUUGAUUGGUUACUAACAUGACCAAGUCCCUAUCAGUCCCCGUCUAAAGAAACACGUGCUAGUUCCUGCAACAAAGUUCACAGUUCACAUAAAGGGCACAAUUCCUGCUUCUAAUGGACAAGAAAUCCAAAAGAUCAGACCUUCUUACCGGGCCACCAGUGGCCAAAGAUUAAUAUUCCAUCCAUAUUCCAUGUGACUUGUCAUAGGAGUGAUUCGAAUUCUGCUUUUAUAUAUCUAAAAAUAUCGCUAACACUUUCCAGUAGUCUGCAGAGACUUACAGAUUGUGUUGCAUUAAAUUUAAUGUUUUUAAUGUUAAUUAUUUUUUUUAAUCUCUCUCUAAAUGUUUUGCACAAUAAUUAACUCCUUUUUUUGUUUAAUAAUUAUUGUUUUAGUUCCAGAUAAAGCGCUCAGAUUCCGUGUUUUGGGUUGGACUGAUGCAGCGAAAGGAGGUGCAGAAUCAAUGUUCCAUCACAAUGUGGACCUGGUCUGACGGAACCAUACAGUACGCUGAAUUUAAAUUUAUCCCGGGAAAUGUCUGGACCGUAGGCAUUCACAGCCCAUUUCAUUAGAGUGUGCACCGGGAAAUCUUUCUCCUAGUUAUGUAAUGUGAAUAUUUUUUUAAAUGUUGUGUGGGUAUGUAGUGUGAGUGUGUGCCUUGUGUAGGUGUACGGUGGUUGUAAAGGUUGUAGCUGUGUGUGAGGUGUGUGUGUUGUGGCUUUCUGUGUGUGAUGCAGAGGGCUGGAUGUAUGCAAUGUGAGUAUAGCUGUGAGUGAUGUGUGUGGGUAGCUGUGAGCGGGAUGUGUAGAUGUGCGAGUCGCUGUGAGUAAUGUGUGGGAAAUAGUGGAAUUUCCAUUUAGUACAAGAUGGGAAUGGAGAUUAAAGUUAGCUGCCCCUCAGCUCAGUAUCACUAGUGGGGAAUUCAUCAUAGUUACAUAGGCCGAAAAGAGACUUGCGUCCAUCAAGUUCAGCCUUUCUCACAGCUGUUUUUUGCUGUUGACCCAAAAUAAGAUAAAAGCCCAGUUUGAAGCGCUUCCAAUUUUGCAACACACUAUUAAAAAUUCCUUCUUGACGCCAAAAUAGCAGUCAGAUUUGUUUCUGGAUCAAUAAGCUAUUACCCAACAAAUUAGAAAUCAUAUCCCAGAAUAUUAUGUUUUUAUUAAGUAUCUAUCCAUUUGCUGUUUAAACAUCUGUAUGGACUGUGAUAAAACCACUUCUUCAGGUAGAGAAUCCUUAUUGUUCUUACUGUAAAAAACAAACAAAAACCUUUAAUUUGCCUUAGACGAAAUCUUCUUUCUUCCAGUCUAAACGCAUGGCCUCGUGUCCUAUGUAAAGUCCGGUUUGUGAAUAGAGUUCCACACAAUGGUUUGUAUUGGCACUGGAUAUAACCUUUCUUCAUAACUAAAAUGCUCCAUUCCUUUUAUUAAUUUUGUAGUCCACCUUUAAACUUUUUCUAGUGCCACAAUAUCCUUUUUUAGAACAGGCGCCCAAAAUUGCACAGCAUAUUCAAGGUGUGGUCUUACCAGCGAUUUAUAAAUAGGCACAUUUAUAUUUUCACCCCGAGAAUUUAUGCCCCUAUUUAUACAUGACAAAACCUUACUGGCACAUUGUUGCAUAGUUUGUCUAUAACAAUUCCCAAAUCCUUCUCUUGUGUUGUUAUCCCUAAUUCACUACCAUUUAGAGUAUAAGUUGCUUGUGCAUUCUUGACCCCAAAGUGCAUAACUUUGCAUUUCUCAAGUUAACUUUCAUCUGCCCUGGAAAAAAAUUCUAUAUCAGCCCCAUAAUGCAUCGCGCCAGCAUAGUGCGCUGAUAUGGAAGAGGGAAAAAAAGCCUUAAAACUGAGAACUAUCACUCAAACGUGAAAUAAAGCUUCAAAAUAAUAGGGCUUCAAAAUAAACAAAAGAGUGGAUUUGUUGUAAGCAGAUGUGCAUUUGUAUAUAAUCAAUGUUUCAGUCCAACUACCUUGACAUAAUUAGAACAUUUUCUUAAUGGGACUGAAAUGGUGAAUGUAUGCUAUAGCAAACCAAUAAAAAACAAAAAUGUUAUCUUAUUUUAUUUUUUUAAAGUAAUUAGAGUGUACUCUUCCCUUUGGUUGACAACUGGAUACAUUUCAGUCAAUAUGCCAAUUUAAUUCCCAUAGGAAAGCAUUGGGGGCUAUUGCAUAUGUGCGGCAAAAUACUGCGCUUCACCGCACCAAUCAGCAUCUCAAUGCAGAGUGUGCAGCACUGGACUAGGAAGCAGCUCUAGUGGCCGUCUGAGUGACUGUCACUAGAGAUGUGCCAAGGUAGCAAUGUAGACACUGUCUUUUCUCUGAAAAAGUAGCAUUUACAGUGCUCAGCCUACAGGGACAGGCUAUAGACACCAGAAUUACUACAUUAAACUGUAGUAGUUUGGUGACUAAAGUGUCCCUUUAAUACAACGUCUUUUUCUCACGGGCAGACUCUGAGUUACAGGGAGAGCAGGAGACACAAGUGAAGAUGCAUUUUGUUUGUGUCUUUCUCCCCCAUGCCCCUUUCAUGUAUCUCUUAGCCCCAGCCCCAUUGUUUCUUUCUCCCUCAAGCCCCUUUCAUGUGUCUCUUAGCCCCAGCCCCAUUGUCUCUUUCUCCCUUUCCCUAGCCCUUCUGUGAGUCUCUUUCCCAGGUCCCAGCACCUCUAUGUGUAUCUUUCCCCACAGCUCCUCUGUGUCUCAUUCUCCCUUUUCCAAGUCCCUCUGUGUGUCUCUUGUUCGUCUUCCUCAGCUCCUCUGUGUGUGUCUCCUGUUCCCCUUUUCCAACCCCUCUGUCUCUUUCUCCUCACACACUUCAGUGUGUCUUUUUACUCCUGAGCCCCUCCAUGUGACUCACUACCCCACAGCCCUCCAUGUGUCUCAUUCCACCCUCUCCAGUCUUCCAUGUGUCUCAGUAGCCCCAGCAUGUGUCCCAUUAGCCCAAAGCCCUUUAUGUGUCCUAUUAUACCUCCCUCUGUCCAUAUAGCCCCCCACGUGUCCCACUAGCCAUCCCUCCCAGGACCCAUGUGGCACAUUAGCCCUCUUCCAGCCCUCCAUGUCACUAUUCCCCCCCCCAGCCCUCCAUGUUAUUAUUAUUAUUAUUAUUAUUAUUAUUAUUUUAUUAUUUAUAUAGCGCUGUACAAUGGGUGGACUAACAGAUACAUAAUUGAGAUCAGACCACUGACAUACAGGAACAGAGGGGGUUGAGGACCCUGCUCGAUGAGCUUACAUGCUAGAGGGAGUGGGGUAUAGUGACACAAAGGGUUAAAGUAGGGGAAUUAAAUAGUUUGUUACAGAAGGGUUUAUUGAGUGCUUGGUAGGUCAUUUUUUACAGUUGCAGGAACGGAAUCAUGGGGUGGUGGGUGACAAACCUGCUGACAGAGUUCAUGUGCCCCUAAACCCUCCUCCCAGCCCUCCAUUGUCCCAUUAGUCCCUCUCCAGCCCUCCAUGUGUCCUUAACCCCCCUUCCCAGCCCUCCAUGUAUUCUUAUAUCCCCCUCCAGCCCUCCAUGUGUCCCAUUAGUUUCCCCCACCCCGGCUCUCCCUUUCUAUUAUUAGUCCCCAGCUCUCCCUGUGUCCCAUUAGUUCCCCCCAGUGCUCCCUGUACCUUGCUGUAGCGUGUCCGAGCAGGCAGACCGCAGUAGAGGAGUUUCUCUUCCCCUGCCCGGUCUGACAGGAAGCAGUCAUGUGCUCUCUGUGAGCACUUCCUGUCAGACUGGGUAGGGAAACAGAAACUCCUCUACCGCGGUCUGCCUGCUCGGACACGCUACAGCAAGGUACAGGGAGCACUGGGGGGAAACUAAUGGGACACAGUCCUAUCAGACUGGGUAGGGGAAGAGAAACUCCUCUACCACAUUAAAAUGCCUUCUCUGCCCCGCUACAUACUGGGACCGGCAGGAGGGGAGCGCAUCCCCUCCUGCCGGUCACCCUGUAAUUGAGCCGUGCAGCCCUCAGGCUGGUGUGCACUAGGCUGCCGCACACUGGCCCGCUAGUAUGCCAGCCCACCGGGAAAUUUCCCGGUAUCCCAGUGGGCCAGUCUGGCCCUGUCCCCAAUCUAUCUAAAUCCCUCUGCAGCAAAGUAAUAUCUUUCCUCACAUUACUCACAAUAGCUCACAUUGUAUUACUUUACAGAAUUUUGUUUCAUCUGCAAACAGUGAAGCGGUCCCAGAACAGUACCUUGAAAAUUUACCAUUCAGGACAACUCACUGUACUUCUUUAAGCCACUGUUUUAACCAAGAACAAGCAUUUUCAUUCAGACCAAUUUAUUUAUAAGACUAACUUAUUGUUUGAAACUGUAUCAAACACCUUGGCAAAAUCCAAAUAGAUCACAUCCAAUGCUAUACCCAGAUCUAUACUUCUACUUAUUUCUUAGUUUGACCUGUGCUUCAUAAAACCAUGCUGAUUAUUGCUAAUAAUCACAUUCUUCUCAAUGAAUCGUUAAUGUUAUCCCUUAAUAACCUUUCAAAAACUUUCACAGCCACAGACGUUAAGCUCACUUUAAAACCUUUUUGAAUGUAGGAACCAUAUCUGCCUGUGAGAUCGCCUGCACUUACGUUGGCAGUCCGCUGAUAAGUUGUUACUCCAAUCUGGUGGACAGUUCCUUCUGAGCCUCCUGUCUGUCAUGACAGCCUUCUUGAUGCCGACCCCUUUUUAUGACGCAGUACUCGCAAACCGGCGUCAUGAUUUCAGAGGGGUUCUACACACUUGAAACCAACAUACUCUCACAUUUUGGGUUACACCAAACAUGCCCCCAAACAUAUAAAAGUUCAUUCAGCCCAAUGUACAGUCCCCUGUUGUGGUUCCUAGGUUCCUAGUGUCCUAUAGAGCGUUACUUUGUCUGUUUAUUGUCCUGUUCGUAUUGACCCAGCUUUGUCCUGACUAUUCUGUUUCUAUGACUCUCUUGACCCAGCUUUGGCUUUAACUCCUAUAAUAUUCUGGCUUCCUUUGACCAUGACUUCUUCUGACGUUCCUCUGACGUUCCUAUUUACCUCAUAUUUUACUAUUUGUCCGCCAACUCUAAGGACCAGUUCUUUUCUCUGUCUCUAUUGUUCUGGUGAAUUUAUAUACUGUGUGGUGGGUAUAGCAUUACACUGCCUUUCUCUAAUCUUCCGGUACAAUUCCUGAAUGAAAAGAAUCAAGAUAGAUUAAAUACAGAGAUUCACACUUAGCUCCUGUAGCGGAGCUCCCUGUACCCCGGCUGGAUACCUCCGUCAAGGAUCGCUUGCUCCCUGGAACCGGGGAAAACCUCAGCGCUUCUGCCCCAGUCAUCGUGUGCUUGACUGGGGUCCUCCUAGAGCCUCACCAUAGCUGUAUUCCCUCCCAAGGACUGGACGACACACAGUCCUGGGAGCUGUAGUCCUUACAAGCACUUUCCCCUCCGAAUCCUCGACAAGCUGGAACAAGGUGCUGAGUAGUCAUUAGCCCUUUCCCCUCCAAGUAACUAGACAACACAUAAAACCACUUCUUCAGGCAGAGAACUCCACAUCCUUAUUGUUCUUACUGUAAAAAGAAAACAAAAAAACUUUCAUUUGCCUUGGACUUCUUUCUUCCAGUCCUGUUUGUGAAUACAUUCGGGUGCUCCUGCAGCUACAAUACGGGGUGUUCCAUCUGACUCUCAGUGAGCAUUUGUUCCCCUUAGUCUCAGGCCCCAUCCCUCUGAAAAGCGCUCUCCUGUCGGGUUGCAAAGUGGUCCAAAACCCUUGACCAAGUAGUCCGGGAACCGCACGGUCACCUCAUUCCAAAAACAGUUCCAUAACAUUUGCGGCUAAGUCCUGCAGAGGUGACUGGGAACCCACAAAGUUAACAUGACAAAAUUAGUUCCAUAGCAGUCGCAGCUAUGUACUACUGAGGACUAUUCGUGAAUUUGGUUCAUGUGAAAGUCCGCCAGAGAGCUAGCAUUCGGUUCCAUUCAAAUGAAGGGAAAGUGGCAAAGCAGGGGCAACCAGGGAAAGCUGCUAACAGCAGCAGGGCAGGGUAACUCCAAAAUGGUGUCUCUAACCUGGACCAUAGUCAGUGUGCAGGAGGCCAGCUGCCACACUCCUCCAAGAGUCCGUGGCAAACGUUUGUGUGAAGGUACAUUUGUCACAGCUCCUUAAGUAUUCUUGGGUGAAUACCGUUAGGCCCUGGAUGUUUGUGUACAUUAACGUUCUAUAGUUGCUGUAGCCCCUUGUCUUGAGUCAUCCAAUCACAAUUUUUCUACAAGUUUUUUUGCAGCAAUCAUUGGCAUAUCUCUUGCCAUAGGAGUCCCGUGAAUAUAUAUUGCGGAAAAAAUAUUUUAAAUGUCUGCCUUUUCCUGGUCUUAAUUAACCCCCAUCCCCAUUUUCAGUGUACCUACACUUUCAUUUUCUAUUUGUUUUAGAAUUGAUGUACUUAAAAAACGCUUUGGGGUUGGUAUUGCUGUCUUUGGCUAUCACUUCCUCAUUUUGUAGUUUAGCUAAUCGAAUCACCUUUUUGCACCUUUUUCCACGCAUAUUUGGCUUAUUUAUAUUUUUUACAGAAUGCCUCUGAUUUGUCUGAUUUAAAAGCUUUAAACACCCUUUUAUUUUUUAUCACUUGAUUCACAUUCCCACAAAGCCACAUUGGUUUCAAUGUGUUUCUUUUAUACUUAUUACCCAAUGGUACAUAAUGAGAAAUGAACCUUUCUAAUAUUUGUUUGAAGAUAUUCCAUUUUUCCUCUGUGUUCUUUUCAUUAAAUAGAUUGUGCCAAGCAAUAAAUUGUAAACUUCCCUUAUCUUAUUGAAAUUGCCCUUUUUAAAAUAAUAUGUUUUAGUAUACUACAUGUGCUUUCCUAUAGGGUAAGAUGUUGUAGUAAGGGGUUAAAGGCAAAUGUGGCAGGAUAGGGGCUGUAGUGCAGGGUAAAGAACAGAAGUUAGGGGAACAGGGGCGGUAGUGGAGGAAAUGGACUGUAGGGGGGAUAGGAGCUGUUGGGGGAAUAGGGGCAGGACUGGCUCCUUGUUUGGCUCUACGUGUGAGCUUUGUAGCAGACUGAGGAAGCCAGUUUGGUGAAACGCAUCUCUGGGGCACUUUACUAUUGAAAGACUUAAUAUUUGUUGCUUUUUAUUGGUGUUUUAACACGUUUUAAUAUAUAAUAAAGUAUAUACCUGCUGAAUGAAGCUAUCAACAAGCUGUUCCAUUAAAGAAGGUGUUAUAGUUCUUAACACAUAGAGCCAAACUAGUAGCAUUUUAGAUUUUUAUCUUUUACAAAAGGUUCUGCACAAUUAAUUAUUUUGAGGUUGUAAUUUGAAGAUUAUCUGAAAGGACAGUUAAGUUGCAUACACUUUUGAUGUUUUCUUUCACACUUAUAAGCACUUCACUCGGAUAUUUUAGAUUGCCACCAUUGCUUAAUUUUGGAUGUGUUUUUAGGAAAUAAACACAUUAAUAGUUUAUAGUUACAUAUUAUUCGGAACAUUCACUUAUUCACAAUUAUUUAUUUAGCACUUUUACUUUUUUGUCACCCUCCUUUUUGACAAAAUAGUGUUGCACAGUCCUGGUUAGGGGCAGUAGAGGGUUAUUAAUGACAGCAGUUGGGGGAGGGUAAGAAGAUGUAGUAUGGAGAUGUAGUAGGGUAUAAAGGCUGUAGUUGGUAGUGGGGUAUAAGGGCUGUUGUGAGGGGAAGGAGCUAGAGUGGGGUGCUAAUGGCAUUAGUGUGGUGUUAAGGGGCUGUAGCAAGGAUUAGGGUUAGUAGUGGAGGAUAGGAGCUAAAGUGGGGUGUUUCAGAAGAUGUAGUGUUGGAUAGUGGAUGUAAUAUGGAUGAGGGGUAGUAGUGGGGGUUUGGGAUUAGGGGUAGUAGUGUUGGGUAGUGGAUGUAAUAUGGAUUAGAGGUAGUAGUGGGGGGUAGGGGUUGAGUAAGAAAAUGUAGUGUGGGUAUAAGGGGCUGUAUUAGGGAUUACGGUAGUAGCAGGGGGCAAAGGGGCAUAUUAGGGAUUAUGGGUAGUAGCAGGGGAUCCUCAGAUCAGCAUGAUUUUAAUACUCUGCAUAUUAACCAUUAAUGCCAAAAAAAAGCAUCCAAACCUUUUUUAAUGAUAUCUUUAUAAACCAUCUCGAUGCAUCACAUUCUACAUAUUAAUUAUUUUUACUAUAUGGAACCUUUUAUUACGCAUGUCCACAGCUAUGAAUCCAUCUUCAUAUUUGUGCAUUUCCUUUAAGGAACACUAUCGAGUAGAGUUGAGCGGACACCUGGAUGUUCGGGUCCGGCUGGUUCAGCCAAACUUUGAAAAAAAAGUCCGGGUUCAGGCUGGAACUUGACCCCGAACCCGAACCCCAUUAAAGUCAAUGGGGACCCGAACUUUUGGCCACAAAAAUGCCUCUAAAAACUCCUGGAAAGGGCUAGAGGGGCUGCAAAAGGAAGUAGAAUGGGGGUAAGAGUAGGACAGGUGCCCUGCAAACAAAUGUGGAUAGGGAAAUCACUUAAAAUAACAUAAAAUAAGCAGCCGCUUAGUAGAUAACUUCCUAAUUCCCACGGUAUUAGGGAGCUAUCUACCAAAAGGCUGAAAGACCUAAAUUGGUCUUUCAGCCACAUUUACUCAUACUAAGUAAAGAUUACUUAGUAUUAGUUAAUUCAGCCCCUACUCGCAAUACCGCGAGUAGGGCCGUGUCUAGUAAACAGUGAGCAGCCAGUGUUAUUACCCCCACCCCUGUGCGACGGGUGGGGGCCCUAAAUAAGAAUGUGGAGGGGGAAACCUACUGUCCUCCCCCCAGCCCCCACCCCUGCGCAGUGGGUGGGGACCAUAAAUAAAAAAUGGGGGGACACCUACUGUCCUCCCCCCAACCCCCACCCGUGCGCAGUGGGUGGGGGCCAUAAAUAAAACAUGGGGGGACACCUAUUGUCCUCCCACCCUGCCCCCACCCCUGAGCGGUGGGUGAGGUCCAUAAAUAAAAAUUGGGGGGGGCGACCUAAUGUCCUCCCGCCCGGCCCCCGUCCCUGCGCGGUGGGUGGGGGCCCUAAAUAACAAAAAGGAGGGGGGACCUACUGUCCUUCCCCCCGCCCCCACCCCUGAACGGUGGGUGGGGGACAUAAAUAAAAAUAGGGGGGGACCUUAUGUCUUUCCCCCGCCCCCACCUCUGAGUGGUGGGUGGGGGCCAGAAAUAAAAAUCCCCCCCAGGUGACUAGGGGUCCCAAACCCCUAGUCACCCCCCUCCCACCCCUCUCCUCUGAUUGGUUAGAUUGAAAUCCAGCCAGAGUGCUCUGUGUCAUUUUACACAGUGUGGGAAAAUUCCAAAUAACUUUCCCACGCUGUGUAAAAUGACACAGAGCACUCUGAUUGGUUAGCUUUAAAUCCAGCCAAUCAGAGUGCUCUGUGUCAUUUUACACAGCGUGGGAAAAUUCCAAAGAAUUUUCCCAUGCUGUGUAAAAUGACACAGAGCACUCUGAUUGGUGGAUUUCAAGCCAACCAAUUAGAGUGCUGUGACAGGUAAAUGUAGAGACUUACCUGUUAGUCUCUUCAUUUACCUGUCAGAUCACUCUGAUUGGAUAGCUUAAUCCCACCAAUCAGAGUGCUCUGAGCCUAAUUGCAGGGUGGGGCAAGGCUUUAUAAGGUCCUUAUUUUUAGAAUGAGGGGGUAGGUAGGGGUACUUUUUGGGGGGGUGACUAGGGGUUUGAGGACCCCUAGUCACCGGAGGGGAUUUUUUAUUCAUGGCCCCCACCCACCACUCAGUGGGUGGGGACCAUAAAUAAAAAAUGGGGGGACACCUACUGUCCUCCCCCCAACCCCCACCCGUGCGCAGUGGGUGGGGGCCAUAAAUAAAACAUGGGGGGACACCUAUUGUCCUCCCACCCUGCCCCCACCCCUGAGCGGUGGGUGAGGUCCAUAAAUAAAAAUUGGGGGGGGCGACCUAAUGUCCUCCCGCCCGGCCCCCGUCCCUGCGCGGUGGGUGGGGGCCCUAAAUAACAAAAAGGAGGGGGGACCUACUGUCCUUCCCCCCGCCCCCACCCCUGAACGGUGGGUGGGGGACAUAAAUAAAAAUAGGGGGGGACCUUAUGUCUUUCCCCCGCCCCCACCUCUGAGUGGUGGGUGGGGGCCAGAAAUAAAAAUCCCCCCCAGGUGACUAGGGGUCCCAAACCCCUAGUCACCCCCCUCCCACCCCUCUCCUCUGAUUGGUUAGAUUGAAAUCCAGCCAGAGUGCUCUGUGUCAUUUUACACAGUGUGGGAAAAUUCCAAAUAACUUUCCCACGCUGUGUAAAAUGACACAGAGCACUCUGAUUGGUUAGCUUUAAAUCCAGCCAAUCAGAGUGCUCUGUGUCAUUUUACACAGCGUGGGAAAAUUCCAAAGAAUUUUCCCAUGCUGUGUAAAAUGACACAGAGCACUCUGAUUGGUGGAUUUCAAGCCAACCAAUUAGAGUGCUGUGACAGGUAAAUGUAGAGACUUACCUGUUAGUCUCUUCAUUUACCUGUCAGAUCACUCUGAUUGGAUAGCUUAAUCCCACCAAUCAGAGUGCUCUGAGCCUAAUUGCAGGGUGGGGCAAGGCUUUAUAAGGUCCUUAUUUUUAGAAUGAGGGGGUAGGUAGGGGUACUUUUUGGGGGGGUGACUAGGGGUUUGAGGACCCCUAGUCACCGGAGGGGAUUUUUUAUUCAUGGCCCCCACCCACCACUCAGGUGAGGGCCGGGGGUGAGGACCUUAGGUCCCCCCCCUUAUUGUUAUUUAGGGCCCCCACCUGUUACGUAGGGGACAUUAGGUCCCCCCCUUAUUCUUAUUUAGGGCACCCACCCGCCGCGCAGGGGUGGGGGCCGGGGGGAGGACAUUAGGUCCCCCCCAAUUUUUAUUUAUGGCCCCCACCCACCGCUCAGGGGUGGGGGCCAGGGGGAGGACAUUAGGUCCCCCCUUUAUUGUUAUUUAGGUCCCCCACCCACCACUCAGGGGUGGGAGCCGGGGGGGACAAUAGGUCUCCCCUUUAGUUUAAAAGCCCCCACUUGUGCGUUGCGGGUGGGGGCUCAGGAAGGGGGAAUGUUUUUUGGUUUUUUUAACAGUGAGCAGCCACAGGCUGCUCACUUUUUAACAGACACGCCCCUACUCGCGGUAUAGUGAGUAAGGGCAUAAUUUACUAAUAAUAAGUGACCAGCUUCUAUAGAGGCUGGGUCACUUGCUGCACUGGCCAAUCACAGCCAUUAGUCAUUAAUCGCCGAACUCCGAACUCUGAACUCCAACCCGAACAUACAGUGAUAUGUCCGUGUUCGGGGUCCAAAAAACCUAAUGUUUGGUUCGCUCAACUCUACUAUAGAGCUGUCUGAACUGUCCUCAUACAUAUUUGUACAUUGUUAUCAUAUGUUUAUUCAGCACCCGCUGACCAUGGGCGCGGGCAGGGCAUGUGUAGUGAUCUGUACACCCCACAUUUUUUAUUUAAUCCUGAUGCCCACGUGUGGGUGCAUUGGGGGACUAAGCCCCCUCAUUAUUUUACAAGCUCCAUCCUUUCUGGUGACUGGGAAGCAGUCACUAAUUUUAGAGAUUUACUAGAUAUGCAUGGCAUGUGAGAGUUAGGUAAUACGGGGAUCAUAUUGACCCCAAUAGGCGUAUAUUUUAUUUUUACUAUGAUGUGGCAGCUGUCUGGCACCAUAUGGUUAACCCUAUAACCAGUUUCAAACUAUUUGCUCAUUGACUCUAGCACUGCUAGAGAACAAGUAUUUGGGAUUUUUAAAAGCUGUAUUUGAAACAUUCAGAUCUCGAUUUCAGUCGUCCCGUCCUGCUGAAAUCUGGACUUCAUUUAGGUUUGUUAAAUAGUGGGAAUAAUGCUCGGAUUGUGCAGUCCAAUAGCACAGCACUCAUUUUGUACAUGGACAUUUGGACUCAGUUAUGUUGGCUGAUGGUUAGAAUUUCCAGUUUAAUAAAUUGCCCAUAAUUCACACCAAUUAACCCCUUAACGCCGUAACGGCUUAAGCCCCCAGAGGACCGGCGGUACUCACCUCCGCCGCGAUCCUCAGAGAGCGAUCACAUGGCCCCCCCGUAGCUGGCUAUGGAUCUGCCAGCAGGGGGACUGUCUGAAAUAUCAGACAGUCCCCCUGCUGGUGGGAAAUUAAAAAAAAAAAAUAAAUAAACGUGUAAAAAUAAAUUCAAUAUAUUUAUAUAUGGAAGGCGUGGCCUGAAGUUGUGGGAAGGGCUGGGUUACCCUUCUUAAGGGACUCCAGACCCUUCCCUCACUACCUGUUAGGUUCGACGGAUUGCUGGGGAAGUAUUCGUCACUUCCGGUUUCGGACAGCAGUUUCCGGCGGGCUCGUGCGCGUUAGGUCGGGCAGUUUCUCCGAGGCAUCCAGGAUUACCUCCGGAUACCACGGGCUGGUGCGCGCUAGGUCGGGCAGUCGGCGGGCAAAUUUUCACGCUGCAAAUCGUAAGUUAAAACGGCCGUCGCAAAUUUGUCGGCGCGGCCGUUUUACGUCAUCACUAAGGGCAAUAUGCUACACGCUCACAAAGUACUAGUAUAAUACAAUGUUAUACAACAACCUAGUCACGUCUUGAUACUUUGUCACAUUAUAAGCACACUUAUGCUUAUUUCUCACGUUACUUUUAUUCUUGUGUCCAUUCAUUACAACGCUGUUACUUAAAAGCAUACACUGGUAUAGGCACCAGAGCGACCUCUGGUGUCUAAAAUUGUGAUUUGAGUUUCUUGUACCUGUUCUGUCAUUUAUGCUAUUUUAAGUUUCAUAAAGUUUGCAGUUAUUUAAAGCAAAUUUGGCAUAUGGGGUUACAAUCAGUAAUAUGUGCAGAUACGUUUUAUGUGGGGCACGUAUUUUAAUACAAUUAUUAGGCUGCUAGCCUAACAAUGACUACGGAUCUUGGUAUUGGGAAUUUAUAUAUAUGCAUGAUUAGCACUUAAGAUGUCUUUUAAACUCUUUUCAGUAUUUUCUCUGCAUUCCCACGGUGAGCAGCUAUUCUAACAACUUGCACAGGACUUAGGUCAGUUCACUCGAGUUAUUUUCUACUUAACAGUCACCCUACGCCAGGGUCCUUAUAUGUGUUUUUCUGUAUUUUAGGUAUAGGCAUCCUUGCUCUUUUGUUAAUUGGUGCCCAGCCCUCUGCUAGGGCAAUAUUGCUGGUAGGUAUCUGAAUAACAGGGGAGUUAGGGGUCAUAUUUCUGUGCCCGUACAAAUGUAUAUUACUUUCGUAGGUGACUACAGAUCGUCUGUACCUCCUUUUCCUCAUAAUAGCUGUCAACCCGCUCAUCAGGUACGUCAUAUCUUUUCGACUAUUUUUCCCCAUACCUUCCCUUUCGGCUUAGUACAGAUUUACUGGCUUACAAUAAAUAGGACCCACUAGCUACGUUUUCUGGCCUCUUAUGCCUUACGUUAGUGGUCCCGCGAGGCCAACACCCAUCCUCAUUUCGGAGGUACGGCAUCCCCUCGGGCCCAUUCAUAGCUAGCCGCCUCUCUUAGUUGCAUAGAGAGGGCCUCACUUGUCACUCCCAUUCUGUCUUAUGCUGUUACAAAUCACAGAGAGGCCUCCACCCCACCAUAAUGCCAAUGGCCACGUACUCCACACGAGCCAAAUCAUAGAUAGCACCUCUCAUAGCCGCUUGGCUACUAGCAGGGCCUCACCUGUCACGUUACUUAAUAAUUCUUUGCCGCUUGGCAUUAGUUAUCAUAAGCCAGUUGGAUAGUACCCCAGGUAACAUGUCAUUUUUAUGUUAUAGCAUGUCCCAAGUUCCGGAAGGAAGGGAAGUUGAGUCCUUACCCAGAACACCAGCUAGAUCAGUCACUCCGUCUCGGGGUGACGACAUCGCAAGCCCUGCCUCACUCAGGGCAUGGACUAUUCCCAGGAUCACGGCCGAAUUAAGGAAGAGAAAUAUUCCUUUCCCUGCUACAGCUAGGAAAGCAGAACUGUACAGAUUGCUGAACACACAGACUGAUAACGCGGGGGCAGGUGAAGGGUCCAGUGGCACCCAAUCUUCAGAUCUGAAUACGAUUCUGUCCUCAGUCCUGACCUCUUUGGGUCGUAUUACUGACAAACUAGACAAAAUGGAUGCAGAAAGCCAGCAAAAGUCGCUGGCUGCUGCAGUGGAUCCGGCCGCUUCGGUCCAUUUGGACCCCCUACCGGGUAAUUUACAUAAUAGGUUCAAAGACCCACAUAUUAUUAACCCUGCACACAUGGUGCCUGCUAAAACAAAGAAGAACAUCUUGGAAGGGAAAGAUAUCAAUUUGGUAUCACUUUUGAUAGCCUCACAAGAUGUCCUAGAGAAUAAGACCUAUGCAUACGGUGAUGUGUCAGAGGUAUUGAAGUCCAGAGACCCCAGGUUGAAUCAGAAGCUAUCAAUUCUAGAAUUUGUACUAGCUUUCGGUAUAUACAGAGAUGUAAUAUGCUCGGUAUACCCGGAUAGGAGGGAGGAAUUGGACCUGUAUCUCCACAAGCUGGUGGAUUUGGGGCAUAAGUACGGUGGUACGUCUUUUUACGACUACCACCGUGCCUUUUCCGCGAAGGCGUCGGCAGCCCUUUCACAGUUCAAUUACCAAACGGAUUGGGGCGUCCUGGAUACAGAGCUUUUUUGCCGGCACUUCGCGGGCCUAAAAACCCCAGCUUGUGCCAUUUGCUCGUCCAAUUCCCACACGGCUAAUCUGUGCCCUAAUUCUCCAGAGGUAAACGCUGUUUUUCCACCUCCUAAUGUAGUACCCACAGGGAGACCUGGCAGGGUGCUUAAAGAUAAACUAGGCCGUGAUAUAGUGUUUUUGGGUAAAUCGCAGGUCUGUAACAAUUUCAACUCAGGUUCCUGCGGUUACAGUGCCUGCAGACUUCUCCAUGUUUGCUCACUAUGUUUCAGAGCUCACUCCAAGGCAAUGUGCCCAAAUAAACUAUACCCUAAGCAGUACUUAUUGUCUCUUCAUGUCUCCCUACUGAAACAACUUUUGCAUGAUCACCCUUCCCAACAUCUCGUUGAUUUUUUGGUGACAGGGUUUAAGAUGGGGUUUCACACGGGUAUUAUUCACAUGCCCAUGGGGAUCCUAGAAUGUAAUCAUUUGCAGACAGCCUUGGCAGCACCCAACACUAUUGACUUACUCCUACAGAAGGAAAUUGACCAAGGUUUCUUAUUAGGCCCUUUCAACCCCCCGCCUUUCGCAGUUUGGAGGACAAACCCAUAGGACUGGUCACCAAUAAAUCCUCCAAUAAACAAAGAUUAAUUCUCGAUCUGUCCGCCCCCCAUGCAUCUCAUACCCCAAGUCUAAAUUCACUAAUCCCGUCUGAGGAGUUUUCCCUCCAGUAUGCCACCAUAGAUAAUGCAGUAACAGCCAUACUCUCAGCAGGGGUAGGGGCAUGGCUGAGUAAAACUGAUAUUGCCAACGCUUUUAAGCUGCUCCCUAUCCACCCAUCCCUAUGGCAUUUACAUGGUGUUAAGUGGCGAAGUUCAUAUUACUUCUUCACGCGUCUCACGUUUGGCUCUAAAAGCAGCCCCAGGAUUUUCGAUAUCUUCGCUGAGACGUUGUGCUGGAUGCUGCUUAACAUCUGUAAAUGUCCCACAGUUAUCCAUUACCUGGACGAUUUCCUGACCAUAGAAAGUAACCUAGUACCUCCCAGUAGCCUCCAAUCUAUCACACAACUGUUUACACAACUGGGAGUGCCUAUUUCACCUACUAAGACUGAGGGUCCAGAUACUAUCAUCCACUUCUUGGGGGUGGUACUGGACUCUGUAAACAUGCAAGCUAGCCUACCCAGGGAAAAGAUUGAGCGCAUCCUGGCAGCUAUCGACCUUUACUUAGGAGGAGGCUCAUGUAAUAGGAAGGAGUUGCAAUCAUUGUUGGGUUCUCUAAAUUUCGCUAUGAGAAUCAUUCCACAAGGUAGAGCAUUCAUUUCAAGGUUACUUAGACUGUUUCCAAUGUUGCAAUCUGACACCUCCCGCAUUACUUUAGACGUACAGGCCACCGCUGACCUACAUAUGUGGAGAGAGUUUUUGCAAAAUUGGAACGGGAAAAGCAAGUUUAUACCGGUUUGGUCAGAGAAGUCGGAGUCAGUCUGGACAGAUGCCGCAGCCACAUCAGGUUUUGCAGCAAUAUGGGGCAAUGAAUGGAUGUGGGGAGAAUGGCCUUGGGAAAUUACAGAGAUCCCCCGGUUUAAGGACAUUUCAGCCUUGUUUGAGCUCUAUCCUAUCUUAGCGGCAGCAGUUAAGUGGGGAGCGAGUUGGUCCGGGAAUACGGUUCGUUGCUUCUCGGACAAUAUGGCAACAUGCAAUAUUGUAAACAAGGGGCGUUCCUCUUCCCUCACCAUCAUGCGUUUCAUGAGGACUCUCACAUGGCUCGCUGCAAAACACAGUUUUCUUCUCACUUGUGUUCAUGUGCCUGGGGUUCUCAACGUUGCAGCUGAUCAUUUGUCACGGUCUCGGUUUCAGGAGUUUCGGGAGGCCCUGCCAACAGCUACCCUGAUACCAACUCCAGUUCCAAAGUGGCAGGAAAUGGUCUGGGACUAAAAGUUCUGCUAUGUCAAGGGCGACAACUCUCACAGCUCGGUCUCUCCGAUAAUACCAGGAAGGCAUAUGAAAGGGCUUUCCAUGUUUUCAAUAAAUUCUUGUUGGACUUUAAUGUCACUGACCAGUUUUCUGUGGAAACCAUUAUUGCUUUUAUUUCUUUUUGCCACUUUCAUCUAACAUUAUCUUACAAUACCAUCAAAUUGUAUAUCACAGGCAUUCAGCAUCACAUCCUCACCACUUGGCCUAACAAACAACGCUUUCUGUCGUCCUACCAAGUUAAGGCUAUACUUAAAGGCAUCAAAGACUCCGCCCCUAUAGCCUCACCAACUAGACUGCCCAUACACGAUGUAUUGUUUCAGUCACUGUCAAAACUACUAGACACCUCACCAUUUGAAGCCCAUACUAAUCGUGUGAUUAAAGCCGCCAUCUAUUUAGCAUUUUACGUUUUUUUACGGCCCAGAGAAUUCACUACUACUAGCUAUAAUUCACCCAUUUUCCUCACAAGGUCCGAUCUGAUAAAGGUCCAAGAUCACUAUCUUCUGUUACUGCACCAUACCAAAACGAGCGCCCCCGGGCAAACGGUCACUAUACCCUAUUACCCCACAAGUAAUACUUGGUGCCCGGUGAAGGUUUUCGACACCCUUCUUGCCUUUGACAAUAUGGUUCCAACACAACCACUCCUGUCCUUACACGGUAAUAAGCUCACUACGAGCCAAUUCAUGAUGUAUAUUAGGAGAUUGUUAGUCCGGUUAGGACUUAACCCAGCCAGCUACUCUGGUCACUCUUUUAGAAUAGGAGCCGCCACCACCGCUUCUAAAAAGAAUAUCCCUUCUCACAUUAUUAAGAUACUAGGACGAUGGAAAUCUACGGCAUACACCAGAUACAUCCCUCAGCCCAUACAAGAAGUACGCCUGGCUUUCAAAACUAUGAAUAUGUAAUCUGUUAUGUCCGGUUGUAGGACGAAUAAAUGGUUAUCUCUUUUUGCCCUCUUUUAUUUCAGGCCUAAUUCCUUGUCAGUUCCGGCACACCACAACUGACAUUUCCUUUCAUGGUUUGUCCUAUUUAUAUAAGUUAUACUACGGCUUAUGCCCUGACCACAAAUGGAAGGCGUGGCCUGAAGUUGUGGGAAGGGCUGGGUUACCAUUCUUAAGGGACUCCAGACCCUUCCCUCACUACCUGUUAGGUUCGACGGAUUGUCCCACCCACCACACCACUUUCAUAAGCAAUUUAUAAGGUAGGCCCUCUUUUAUUUCAGGCCUACUUCCUCGUCAGUUCCGGCACACCACAACUGACAUUUCCUUUCAUGGUUUGUCCUAUUUAUAUAAGUUAUACUACGGCUUAUGCCCUGACCACAAAUAUAUAUAUAUAAAUAUAUAAUAUAUGUAUAUAUAAUAAAUAUAUAUAUUUACAUAUUAUAUACAUAUAACGUCAUACGUAAUGUAUUUUAAUACUAAUAUUAGUAUAUAUAUUAGUAUUAAAAUACACUUAGAAUGACGUUACAUAUAUAUAAUAUGUGUAUAUAUUAUAUAUAUAUAAUAGAUAUAUACACAUAUAUUAUAUAUAUACGUAUAAUUACAAUAAUAAAGAUAUAAAAUAAUAAAAUAAAUACAUAAAAUAUUGAAACAAAAUUUUAUUAAAAUUAUAUAGUCAUAUGUAAUUUCAUUCUAACUGUAUUUUGUUAUUAAUAUAUAUAUUGGUAACAAAAUACACUUAGAAUGACAUUCUAUAUCUAUCUAUCUACAUAUAAAAUACAAAUAACCACAAAUAUAUAUAUAUAUAGAUAAAUACAUAAAAUUACAUAAAAGAUUACAUUAGUAUACACGUAGAAUUUAAAUACCUAUAAAUGCAUAUAUAUUAAAAUUCUACAUGUAUAUUUAAGUAAUCUUUUAACAUAAUUAUGUGAUUUGAUUAAUUAAAAUUUGAUUGACAUGCCUGACAACACAGGGAGAAAGUGCAGAGAAUUUAAUUCGCAAGCACUAUAUUUGACCCUGUAACUCUCCAAGACACCAUAAAACCUGUACAUAGGGGGCACUGUUUGACUCGGGAGACUUCGCUGAACUCAAAUAUUAGUGUUUCAAAAUGGUAAAUUGUAUUACAACGAUGAUAUUUUAAGUAAAAGUGCAGUUUUUUGCAUUUUUUACAAACAAACGGCACUUUUAUGGACUAUAUUAUUGUUUUAAAACACUAACAUUUGUGUUUAGUGAAGUCUCCCGAGAAUAACAGUACCCCCCAUGUACAGGUUUUAUGGUGUUUUGGAAAAUUAGAGAGUCACAUAUAAGGCUUGCAUUUCAUUUUUUUUACAUUGAAAUUUGCCAGAUUGGUUACGUUGCCUUUGAGAGCGUAUGGUAGCCCAGGAAUGAGAAUUACCCUCAUGAUGGCAUACCACUUGCAAAAGUAGACAACCCAAGGUAUUGCAAAUGGGGUAUGUCCAGUUAUUUUUAGUAGCCACUUAGUCACAAAUACUGGCCAAAUAUUAUUUUUUUGCUUUUUUCACACAAAAACAAAUAUGAACGCUAAAUUUGGCCAGUGUUUGUGACUAAGUGGCUACUAAAAAAGACUAAACAUACCCCACGUUCAAUACCUUGGGUUAUCUACUUUUUCAAAUGGUAUGCCAUUAUGGGGGUAAUUCUCAUUCCUGGGCUACCACACCGUCUCAAAGGUAACAUUACUAAUCUGGCAAAUUUCUAUUUGAAAAUGGAACGUUCUAUAUUUGACCCUUUAACUUUCCAAAACACCAUAAAACCUGUUAAUGGGGGGUACUGUUGUACUUGUGAGACAUCGCUGAUUACAAAUAUGGGCAUUUGUUUGCAGUAAUACCUAACAGUAUGAUGACAUUCACAGCUAAAAUGUCAGACGGAAAUACAAAUUUAAAAACAAAUCUUAUUUUCUCAAUUUUUUUUAUAUUUUAUUCAUAACAAAUUAUGUUCCAUAUAUGAAUAGUUAAUGAUACAUUAAAGCCCUGUUUCUCUUGAACAAAAUGAUAUAUAAUAAGUGUGGGUGCACUUAAUGUGACAGCGGUGAAUUACGGUUGGACAGACAUAUAGCGCAAAUUCCAGUUUUUGUUUACGUUUUGUUUUGAUCAGAACGUGUACUAUUGACUCCGUCCUGUAGGGGUUAAUGGAGUGCCAACAGGUGACUGAUAUUCACUUUUAUUUAUGUAAAAUAUAUUUUUUCCGCUAUUUUCAGGAAAUCUCUGUAUAAUGAAAUUCCUGCUCAAUGUGCAGCAAUGAAUCUCACCAUUGAAUUCAAACCUUGCGAGUCUGCGCUGCGCUGGAUCUGUGAAAAGACAACAGAGAAACACAAUUUAUACGAACAAACAAAGAAUUGCUAAAUUGGAAUAAUGUAAUAAAAAGCUAAAUAAUUAUUUCCAGAGUUUAUAAAUUGCAAAUAGUGUUUGAAAUCUGUCAUUGUUAAUAAUGACUCUGUAACAUAGAAACAUAGAGUGUGACAGCAUUCGACUCAUCUAGUCUGCCAAUAUUUCAAAAUACUGUCAUUAGUCCCUUUAUCUUAUAGUUAGGAUAGCCUUAUGCCUAUACCACGCAUGCUUAAACACCUUUACUGUGUUAACCUCUACCAAUUCAGCUGGAAGGCUAUUCCAUGCAUCCACUACCCUCUCAGUAAAGUAAUACUUCCUGAUAUUAUUUUUAAACCUUUGCCCCUCUAAUUUAAGACUAAUAUGGUCUUCUCCUUUACUGUGUUGAUUCCCUUUAUGUAUUUAAAUGUUUCUAUCAUAUCCCCCCUGUCUCGUCUUUCCUCCAAGCUAUAACUGUAAAGAUCCUUUAACCUUUCCUGGUAAGUUUUAUCCUGCAAUCCAUGAACCAGUUUAGUAGCCCUGUAUGUACCUAGUGGGCAUUGGAUGGUAUAUUCCCCUCAUCCCCCAUAAAACCAUAACUUACCCCUUCAAAUAACGACAGACACAACUUCUUGUAUAAAACAGGCCACAGCAUUUUAUUAACACCACCAAAUACUGAAUAACUCCUUUAAAAUAUAACGUACAUAAUAAAUAUCAUAAAUUAACAUGAACAAUUUGCAUACAGUCAUACAGUAACCAAAGAAACCGUCCUUGCCAAUCUAAGUCCUUCUUCCCAAAGGCUCUCACCUCCCCCCGUUGGCAUAAUAAAAACAUCUUCCGUUUCAGGGCUCCCCACCAGACGGUUUUCGGCUCGGUGGGGCCCAACCAUAAUGCUCCCGACCAGUCGGCUUUAAACCCAGUGGGGACACGUCCAACCUGGUACCCCCUCCAGGUUCACCAUAAGAGACAGGGGGAGGAUGAGACCCCUGUCUCAUCCAGGGGGAGGAUGAGACCCUUAUCCCCCUUUUUCAUUUUACCUACAAAACCAUUCCUUAUUUGGCAAGGACAUGCCCCCACCACAAACCCAGCUGUUUUAAGCCUAAAAUCAGCGGGGGCCCCCACCUGAACCCCUCAGGGCCUGUUCCCAACCUCCGUCAGAUGCACCCCAUCUGGUCUAAAUAAAUUUGCAUCCUUUUCAAAAACCUGGUACCGUAUUGAGAUCCCCCCAACCCCACCACAAACUUCGCAAUCUUUUUGCGGCUGCGCUCCAGCGCACUCUGGCUGUGGGCCUGCCGCCAAUAAUUCCUCGCCACUACCUCCAACCAAAUUAGGGAGACAUUGGGGAACAGGAUCAAGAUCUGGGAAAAGUUCCUCCUGACCAUGUCCACCAUGCCCCCCACCGGCACGGUCCCCAGGUCUAAACGGAUAACUAAAACCGAUGGAGCCCCAAGCAAGCAGGAGAGCCUGACCAAGUCAGGGAGGAGCCGGACCCACCUCGUUCCUCUGGCCCCGGACCACCAUACCUCCGCAGUUAAAGGCAUGAGACCAGGAUGCUCCAGGGGUCAAGUCCUGGGGAAAAAAGUGUGGGAACUCUCCCCAAAAAAAACCAAAACACUUGUAUGUAUGUGUAUAUAUGUAUUAAGGCAGUUUUGCCUGUAUUUGUGGGAGGGGCUUAAAUUAAUUCACUCCCCUAUAUAAGGGACACCCCUUACCUGACUCAUAUCGCUUGAGGUCAGCAUCAGAAUGAUUUCCACUUCCGGGUCAUCCAGACGCCAUUUUACCUGAUUACUCCAUGAGGUUUUCUAAGCUGAGCUGUGUCAGGAAUCCAGCCACAGGCUUUUCCGGCCUACCACCUUCUUUCUUCAAUCUAUCGCUGUGGAUGGUGUCCAAGUGACUCACAAACCGUAAGUUGACCUACCCAUUACGCCAGGCAUCAGUCCCACGGCACCAUGCAAGGGUCAGGUCCUCACUUUACUGCUGCAUUUUGUCUAAAUCUGUUCUAAAACCAUUGCAUGUUCAGGCAUAUCAUUCGUUUAAACCCCCUUCUGGUCUUUGGGUGUACUACAGACUUCUUAGACAUUAUCGCAUUUCAUGUACAAACCAACGAACCACUGCAUCUUUGCCUACACACUGACCCCUACCGGUCAUUCGGUGUACUACAGGAUUCUCAGACAUUAUUGCAUUUCAUGUACAAACCAACGAACCACUGCAUUUUUCACCUACACACUGACCCCUAUUGGUCAUUCGGUGUACUACAGGCUUUUUAGGCGUUGUUUGCAUUUUCAUGUACAAACCAAUAAACCACUGCAUUUACACCUACACACUGACCCCUACUGGUCUUUCGGUGGACUACAGGCUUCUUAGACAUUAUCGCAUUUCAUGUACAAAUCAAUGAACCACUGCAUUUGCGCCUACACACUGACCCCUACCGGUCAUUCGGUGUACUACAGGCUUCUCCGACAUUAUUGCAUUUCAGGUACAAACUAACAAACCACUUAAUUUUUCACCUACACACUGACCCCUAUCAGUCAUUCGGUGUACUACAGGCUUCUUAGACAUUAUUGCUUUUCAUGUACAAAACAAUAAACCACUGCAUUUUCACCUACAUACUGACACCUACCAGUCAUUCUGUGUACUACAGGCUUCUCAGACAUUAUUGCAUUUCAUGUACAAAACAACAAACCACUGCAUUUUUCACCUACACACUGACCCCUAUCAGUCAUUCGGUGUACUACAGGCUUCUUAGAUAUUAUUGCUUUUCGUGUACAAAACAAUAAACCACUGCAUUUUUACCUACACACUUACACCUACCGGUCAUUCAGUGUACUACAGGCUUCUCAGACAUUAUUGCAUUUCAUGUACAAACCAACAAACCACGGCAUUUUCGCCUACAUGCUGACCCCUACCGGUCAUUCAGUGUACUACAGGCUUCUCAGACAUUAUUGCAUUUCAUGUACAAACCAACGAACCACGGCAUUUUCGCCUACAUGCUGACCCCUUCUGUUAGUGGUCCCGUGAGGCCAACACCCCGCCUCACACUCGGAGGCAUACACCCCUCGGGCCACUCGUGAGCUAGCCGCCUCGCAUUGUAUCAUAGAGAGGGCCUCACCUGUCACUCCCCUUCCUAUUUUCUGGUUACUGUCACCGAGAGGCCAACAUCCUGCCACAAUGUAAGGUGGCCACACAAAAUCCCCUCGCACCAAGCAUAGAUAGAGCCUCUCAAGCCACUUGGCAACUAGCAGGGCCUCACCAGUCACCAAAAAACACCAAACCUAAUCGUUUCGCCUUACGGCUUAGCUAGCAAGCCAGUACAAGAACCCUGGGUACAAAUAAUUGCAUCUUUAUUGUUAUUUAAGUAUUUCUCCAAAAGAUGGUGAAGAAUCACCUCUUCCUAGCACCCCGGCUAGAAUUGAUACACCUUCAAGCAGAGGAGAUGUUGCUAGUCCUGCAGCAAUCAGAUCCUGGACGAUCCCACACAUUACCACCGACCUAAGGAGGUGACAAAUCCCCUACCCUGCUACAGCAAGGAAAGCAGAGUUAUUCAAACUCCUCCAUACAUCAACGGACAACACGGAGGCAGGGGAAGGCCCAGCUACAUCAACUCAGGUGACACCCAGGCUAUGCUAGCCUCACUCAUAAACUCAUGAGCCAAAAAUUUUUAUGACAGACUGGCAAUCUCGAGUUGGUCACCACAGCCCUCACAAGGCUGGGCCUCACGUUACUGUACAACCAGCACCAACCGAAACUCGGUUACCUGGUACAAUCAAUUCUUAUGACACACAAGAUGUUAACCCUGCACGUAUGAUCCCAGCACAUUGGGGAAGCAAGGCAUAUAUAUGUAUGAUGAUGUAUCUGUGAUGGUCAGAUUCAGGGAUUCCAGGUAAAUCGGGAACUGACCAUCUCUUGGAUGGGUUGGUAUUUGGAAUAUGUAGAGAUGUUUAUUUGUGCAGGUACCCAUACAGAAGGGGUUCUGUCCCAAACAAAUGGACGAGCACUCUCAGGCUCCAGGUACCAGCACCUCUGAACUACCAGAGACGAUUGAUAUGAGUAGUUGCAUUGCAUAUAGACUGUUGCAUAUAUGUUCAAAUGGUUCAGGGCACAUGACAAACCAUGUGGCCCAAUACAACUUACAAAUAACGUACUCACCAUCUGUACACACCAAUGCAUUUUCAACACUACUGACUCAUCACCCUUCCAGACUUGUAGUAGAUUUACUAAAGCUCUGGAGCUUCAAAGGCUCCCAUACAGGUAUCAUAAACACACCUUCAAGGAAUAUAGCAUGCCCUCACUUACAGUCAGCACAACAAAACCAUUGGCUGAAAACACACUCAUAGCCAAGAUUUGCAGAGUGGUCUUCCAAUCUCCACCAUUUACAGCAUGGCACCAAACACACACAUUGGUAUUGUCACAAGGAAUCUUCCCUUAAACAAAGACUAACCAUAGACUUAUUGGCACCACACACCUCCGUUACCCCAAGUCUCAACUCCCUUCUUACUAUACAACACCAUUGAUCUACCUUUACAGCUAUCACUCAAGCAUGGGUUAAAGCUUGGUUAAGUAAGACCAAUAUCAUCAACGCAGUAAACAGCUACCAUCUACCCUACACACUGGCACUUACAUGGCAUAAAUUGGGCAAUCCUUUCCCUGCUCAACUUUCGAGCUACAGAUUAACCUACUAUCGAUAUUCGCAGAUACUCUGUGCUGGUUAUGAUAACAUAUCCAGAGGCAUUACAGUCAUACACUAUCUAGAAGACUUCUUGUUGCUCAAAGAAAGCAUAUUUUUCACUAGAAGCCUCAUGGCAGCUUAGUCUGGUUGACCACUUGGGUGUCCCAGUACCCCAUAAGAAACAGAAGGCGCAGACACUAUCAUCACAUUACUGGGCAUAUGACUUGAGUCGGCAUCCAUACACGCAAGUUACCACAAGACAAAUAGGGAACAUUCUCAACUAAAUCAAUCACUACCUCCUGCUUAGUACUUACAACUACAAGGAACUACAAUCCCUACCAGGUUCCUUAAUUUUGCCAUGCCAAUCAUACCACAAGACCACGCUUUCACAUCCAGAGUACUUUCCCCUUUUUUCCACACUUCCAACAUGACGAUCAGAGGAGGUGCCUAGACACCUCAGCAACAGCAGACCUGCACAUGGGGGGGAUUUCUUAACCACUUGGCAUGGUAAAAGCAUGUUCCUUCCAGGAUUGUCUGACACUUCUCCAACCAGAUGGUCAGACGCAGCGUAAACCACGGGUUUGGCAGCGAUCUACCGGGAACAAUUGCUUUGGGGCUGUUGGCCAUGGCAUCCAGGUUUGGAAAUUUUUCCACCACUUCAGCCCCUUUGGGAGAUCUACCCCAUUGUAGCAGCUGCUGUGGCAUGGGGUAAAUCAUGGUCAGGGUCAUCAAUCCGUUGUUACUCAGACAACUAAGCACAUAUCAUAUCAUCAACAAACGCCACUACUCAUCCAUAAGUUCAUGAUGUUUCUGGGGAACUCACUUGGUUGGCCACUUAUCACAUUUCACUUUCAUGUACCAGACGGGGGUAUACAUCCCUGCCGACAACUGUCUCAUUUAUAUUCCAGGCAUGUUCAUCAUACGCUUCCUACAGCCGCCCAUACAGUCACGUCCACUCUUUCGUUCCAGAGACAAAAUCAUGGAUUAGACAUACUCAUGCAGCAUAGCAUGCACUAUCCCACCUAGCACUUUCGUCCCAUACUUGUAGAACGCAUAACACAGCUUUUCACCUGGCUUAAAGAAUCUCAUUGGAACACGACAUAGCUCAACCUGUGUCACAAAAUUUCUCCUAAGUUUUGCUUAUUUUUGCCACCUUAAACUUAAACUAUCUCAUACACCAUUAAUUAUAUAUUUUACAGGCAUUCAACAACACAUGAUAACCUAUGGCCAAAACUACCAUAAACUUCAUGCUAUCAUACCAGAAAAGAAUAUACUCCAGAGGUUUUCAGGAAUCCAUUCCCCCACGUUCCUCUCAGAGAUUACCAAUAGCCAUCCAACUGUUCAUCCUUAUCGGACCUAUUAGAUCUACAACCAUUCAAUUAUACUACCAAGUCGGCCAUUACCAGCCAUGCACAUUGCCUUUUAUGCCUUUCUCAGGCCAGAGAAUCCACUACCAUCACCACCACUCAGACAGAUCAUUGUCUUCAACGAUCCCACGUACGUAAACACAUAUAUCAUUACCUAUUGGCUCUACCACAUUCCGAAAUGAGUCAACAUGCACCAACAGUAGAGAUAACAUACUAUCCUACCCACAACAAAUGGUGCCCACUUUCGGUCCUAGAUUCCUACCUUCAAAAUCCUUUCAGGAAUUAAAUACUGUAAUGCAUUUAAGGAAAUGUCUGGUUAAUUUGUAUAUAUUUGUUGACUGUAUUAAAUCUUUGAUUAUUCAUUUUUGCCCUCUUUAUUUACAGGCCUACCGUAUCGUCGGUAUCGGCACACCACAACCGACUUGCUCCCUUUACACUAUCCUAAGCUUAUGCUGGAUCCUUACUCCAUAUACGGCUAUUUUGCCCCUUACACAAGUAUUAAGGCAGUUUUGCCUGUAUUUGUGGGAGGGGCUUAAAUUAAUUCACUCCCCUAUAUAAGGGACACCCCUUACCUGACUCAUAUCGCUUGAGGUCAGCAUCAGAAUGACCCUCCCACCCACUCCUCAUUUCAACACUUUCUCUUUUCUUUCCAUUUACUUUACUUUCUUACUCCUUGGUGGGCCCUCUUUAUUUACAGGCCUACCGUAUCGUCGGUAUCGGCACACCACAACCGACUUGCUCCCUUUACACUAUCCUAAGCUUAUGCUGGAUCCUUACUCCAUAUACGGCUAUUUUGCCCCUUACACAAAUGUAUGUAUGUAUGUAUGUAUGUAUGUAUGUAUAUAUAUAUAUAUAUAUAUAUAUAUAUAUAUAUAUAUAUAUAUAUAUAUAUAUAUAUAUAUAUAUAUAUACACACACACACAUACACACGCGUGCACACACACAUACACUCACACAGUGGUGUAUUUUAAUUUUAUGCUGCCCUAGACAUGACUAUAGAGCACCCCCCUAAUCUAAAUUUACCACUCCUUCAUGUCAAGGGCGCACCGCUUCCUGAUUAAGAACCCACCCCUUCCUCUUUAGGCUCCACCUUUUCCUGCUCCUUUUAAAGAAAUACUAUAGUGCCAGGAAAACAAAGUUGUUUUCCUGGCACUAUAAUUCUGUAUAGUGCCCCCCUCCUCUCAUGUCCUCCCCUCCCCCACUCGACACUGAAGGGGUUAAAAUCCUAUGGGUAUUUAGCAGAUGCUGGAUGUCCUCAUGCACAGGGUGAGGACGUCCAGCAUCAGUUAGGUGACUUUUGGUCACCUAACCACCCGAAAGUCCCUCUAGUGGCUGUCUGAUAAACAGCCACUAGACUUGGAGUUACCCCUCAGGUAAUUAUUGCAGUUUCUGAGAAGGUUUAAGGGGACUGGGACACUGCACCCAGACCACUUCAAGGAGUUGAAGUAGUCUGGGUGCCUAUAGUGUCCCUUUAAGCACACUCUCUGACAGACACCCACACUGGCAGAUACACACUGACAGUAACACACACAUUCAAUGACAAACACACAGACGUCACUGAUUUUACACACACAUUCACUGACACACACUCAUUCAUUGACAGAGAGACACACACUAAUAGUCACACACACACUAAAUGACAGACUCUCACUUAUUUGACAGAAACUUACAAUAACGUAUGCACAUACAUGCAAUUGCAAACAUACACAUGCAUACACUAACAGAAGCACAUACACUCACAUACACACGUACAAACGCUAACAGACAUAAAUACACUCCUACACACACUGAGACAAACAGACAUCCACAGACAGACAUCCACAGACAGACAUCCACAGACAGACAUCCACAGACAGACAUCCACACAUCCAGACGUCCACAAACAGACGUCCACACAUCCACAAACAGACAUCCACACAUCCACAAACAGACAUCCACACAUCCACAAACAGACAUCCAGACAUCCACAAACAGACAUCCACAAACAGACAUCCACAAACAGACAUCCACAAACAGACAUCCACACAUCCACAGACAUCCACACAUCCACAAACCCACAGACAUCCACACAUCCACAAACCCACAAACAGACAUCCACAAACAGACAUCCACAAACAGACAUCCACACAUCCACAAACAGACAUCCACAAACAGACAUCCACACAUCCACAAACAGACAUCCACAAACAGACAUCCACACAUCCAAAAACAGACAUCCACAUCCACAAACAGACAUCCACACAUCCACACAUCCACACAUCCACAAACAGACAUCCACAAACAGACAUCCACACAUCCACAAACAGACAUCCACAAACAGACAUCCACACAUACACAGACAUCCACACAUACACAGACAUCACACAUCCACAAACAGACAUCCACAAACAGACAUCCACACAUACACAGACAUCCACAUAUCCACAAACAGACAUCCACAAACAGACAUACAUAUAUACAAAUUAAUAAUAAUAUAAAAAAAUUAACAUUUCCCACCCACCCAGCAUCCCUACCUUUCCCUGGGGUCCAGUGGGGCUGCAGUGAGGACGGCUCUCUCCCUGUCACACGCGGAGAGGGAGCUGUGUGCUCUCUGCUCCCUCUCGCCGCGUGGGAUGUCUGCUGAUGCUGGGAGCCGGGUUGAUGACGUCAUAUUCCGGCUCCCAGCAUCAGCAGACAUCCCGCGCGGCGAGAGGGAGCAGAGAGCACACAGCUCCCUCUCCGCGUGUGACAGGGAGAGAGCCGUUCGCCAUCAGGUGGCCCCCCCAUGACAGGGGAAACAAGGGGGGGCAUUUGGGGGCGGCAUUUUUUGCCGCCACCUGAGUGCCUGCAGGGGGAACGGCGUUCCUGCUGUGAAAAAAGUGCAGGAACGCCGUUCCCACGCUUUCCUGCAGGACUCGAGCCCUGGGAUGCUCCCCUCGAGCCGGACUGCUGCUCUCUGCCGCGCCCAAUGGAUAUAGGAAUGGCCGAUCAACCAAACCUUGCAGGGGACCAGACCUGGGGAGGAAAACCAAAACAUUUAGCUCAGGAGACCGGCAGGAUGCACAUAGGACACAAACGAAUCCUAAAGGAAACCCAGUCCAGCCCCUCCCUAACAUCCGAGAAAAGGAUUCCCCCACUGGUCGACCUGCUCGGACACACCAACUCCCCAAUCCUUAUGGCCCCAAAGAAAGCAACUUCUGGUGAGGCAGGCGGUUAAGGGGCGGUUAAGAAAGCCCCUUAACUGCCUGCCUCACCAGAAAUUCUUUGGUCACGUCCCACCACCACGGCAGCUUAAGGCCAAAGACGGCAUGCCCGCCAACACCCAAAAUUCCAAUAGCCGUAACAGACCUGCAACCGAGUGGGCGUAUCCUGAAAACCCCCCACUCUUGCCUCCCACUCGAGCCAUUUUGCCCAUACCUUCGAGUAUCUAUCUGGCCCAAGUGGAACUCGACACCGAUCCUCGAACCAGGUCCAUCAGCCUGCUGAGCCCAGGGACCAUAGUUCCACUGGACAACAGCACUUUUCCUCGUCCGCAUGAGGAGCAGCUGCCCGGAACUCCGCCCACUGUGAACAAGAGAGAGCAUCCGCAAUUACAUUGUGAACCCCAGGAACAUGCAGCGCCCUACAUGAUACGUUAAAGCACAGGCACCGCAGCACUAAGCGCUGGAGCAAACGAACCACCGGCGUAGAGGAGGCAGAGAGCUGGUUAAUCGCCUGGACGACCCCCAGGUUGUCACAGUGAAUGACAACCCGCCGGUCCUAUAAGUCCAGACCCCAGAGUUCCAAUGCCACCACUCUGGGGAAAAGUUCAAGGAAGGCCAGAUUCCUAGUCAGGCCAGAGGCGAACCACUCCUCCGGCCAAGUGUCCGUGCACCAGUGCGACCCCAGUAUUGCCCGAGAGCCGACGGAACCCACCACGUCCAUAUAGAGGUGAAGAUCCGAACCAGACGCCUCUGGCACCUGCCAAUACUACCUCCCAUUAUACUCCGCCAAGAAAGUACCCCAGAAGUCCAAAUCGUCCUAAUGUAGUGCGGAGGCCUCGCUACCCAAGUGCUCGCGGUCGCCAGGCGCCUGCUGAAAAUCCGCCCCAUGGGCAUGAUCCGGCAUGCGAAGUUCAACUUCCCCAACAGAGAUUGCAGCCGGCAAAGCUGUUUCUUCCGCAAGCCCCGUGCCGCCGUCACAUCUUGGCGCAACCCCUCCACCUUGUCCAGAGGCUGCCAGCACUCCAUGGCCACCCAAUCUAUCUCGAUGCCCAGGAAGCUAAGGCACAUAAGGAACCCAAAAGCGCCCAAACACCCUUUCCACCGUAGUGAGCAAGCUCCUACAUGCCGGAGAAUGCGCAGUGCCCGCACACAGGAAGUCGUCAAGGUAAUGCAGCAGUGAGUCGAUCCCCGACUCCUGCCGCACCACCCAUUCCAGGAAAGUGCUGAAGCACUCAAAGUAAAAACAGGAUAUGGGGCAACCCCUUGGGGAGGCACAUAUCCAUGUAGUACUGGCACUCAAAAUUACAACCGAGGAGGUAAUGGCAAUCAGGGUGCACUGGCAAUAAGCGAAACGCUGAUUCCACGUCUGCCUUUGCCAGUAAUGUCCCAGGGCCCGCCGUCCUGACCAUGUGCACCCGACACAGCUCGGAGAGAUAUCAUCAUUCACCGAGCCCCCGUGAGGGUACGAUAAAUGGUGAAUCAGGCAUAAUUUUCCCGCCUCCUUCUUGGGCACCACGCCCAAGGGAGACACCCAUAAGUUGGAUAGCGGAGGGACCUCAAACGGCCCCACCACCCGCCCCAUCGAAACCUCCUUCUGGAGUUUUUCGAGGCCCACUUCAGGAAACUCAAACACUGACUUCAAGUUCCGAACCGCCCCAGAGGAGGGGCACUCUGAGAAGGGAAUCCAAAACCCCUGGGUAAACCCCUCUAGUAGCAACCCCACAGCCCGGUGGUUCCUAUAACGGGCGAGCAAGGGGCGCAUCACGUCCACAACCACUGGCGUCUUUGCCCUUAGCCUUUGUCCCCAGAUUUUCCCCUCUUAAAGCAACGGGAUGCCGAGUGGGCACCCUCUCAAUGGGAGCAUUCGUGUUUAAAAUGGCACGUCGCACCCCACUUGCAUUGGUUGUCGUUGAACUUCCAACAACAGCCCGGCUGUCAAUGUGAGGACAAUGGGGCAGAGCAGCCCCUGCCACCGCCCAACCCCAAGAAAGGACAACGUCCCCCCUUAGUGUGUCGCUGGGCGAGUCAUGAUGGACAGCCACAGGCCAAUGUGUAGGAAAGCUUGAAAGGAGAAAGGGAAAGGGGGUACUGGAGAGUAAAAAGAGGGAGAAGAAGGAAAGGCAGGGGGAGGGGAGGGGAGGAAAAUGGCCCAGAAAAGGCCCCCAGAAAUGGAAAAACCAACGGGGGGCCCCAGAGUCAGAGGGGGGGUAGAAUAGCAGGGAGGCAGCAGAAACUUUGCCCACGGAUCCCCCGGAGGACGGGAGGGGAAGGGGGGCCCAGAGGCCCAGGGGGACACCCCCACCCCACGCGAUGUCCGGGAAAGUAAGAGGCAGAAGGAAUGGAAGCAGGGGACACCCGAAGCCCAUAAAUAAGGGAAGAACCCCCCCUCACCCAACGGCAGUGGGAGAGACCCACUCCGCGUGCCCCGCAGGGGCCUACUCUCCACUACUGGCCGUGAUGGGGUCCCAGGGCGGCAUGCCACGCGCCACCCGGGCCGAUCACCGGGCCACCAUCCUGCUGGAGUGAGGGAUUGAGUGGCCCCUAAGAUACCGCUUCCCCGUCACCAGGGGCAGCAGGAGAAGUCAGGGAGGCAGGAGAUGAAGCCACGUGGCUCCCAUGCGCGUGCCUGUUGCCACCUCUGGCCUGGGCUGCGACUCCGUUACCGGGCCCGAGAAGAUGCAGUGAGGCUCAGCCGACCCGCGAUGGUACAGCCACCCUGGGGGGUGCCGUGGGGGAGGCAAAGCUUGAAAAGGCACACCGCUGGGAGGGGGAACCACAUCGCCAGGCGGCUGUAGCUGGAGCAGGCGCCCAAACUGCUCAAGGAGCUGCCGGCCACCGUCUGCUGCUGCACCAGCCCUGAGGGCAGACAAGAUAGCCUUAAUGUCCAUGCCCCAGGCCCGAAAUCCAACAGGCCCAAACAACAGGAGGAGGUGGAUCACAGGAAACGUGGCACUGAGGUAAUUCUGAUCUGUCACCACCCACUUCCUCACAUCUCACACUCCCACACAUAGCCCAUAGCCAAUCAUGCAUCAUCCAUCCCACACUCAUACAUGUGCCCCUGUCCGCUAAGCUGUACACUCUCCCUGGGGUCUUUCUCUGAACUCUCUCUAAAGUAACCUUUCCUGGUAAGUUUUAUCCUGCAAUCCAUGAACCAGUUUAGUAACCCUUCUCUGAACUCUCUCUAAAGUAUCAAUAUCCUUCUGAAGAUACGGUCUCCAGUACUGCAUACAAUACUCCAAGUGAGGUCUCACCAGUGUUCUGUACAAUGGUGUUACGAUUGCCUCCGGUCUAGCAGGAGCUUGGAUGUCCUGGUUACCGAAGUUGGAGAGUCGAACGCUGCUUCAAAUGGUAGAAACCUGUAAGUGUAGAAUAUCCCGAGGCUGCAAGUUGAGGGUAAAACGAACUGGCUUUAAUGGCACACAGGCAUCACUAUUUAUGCAAAACCCCAGGACCAGGGACAACCCCCUCUGGAGCUGAUGGGAUACAGUGACAAUACGAUCAGUUGCCCAAUAGUAAUACAAUAGUAAUACAAUGUAUCCUUUGAAAUUGUUACCGCCCAGCUUGGAGAUAAUGAGUCCAACGGUUGGGACAAUGUAAUUAUUUCCAAGCGCCCAAAAUCCCAUGUUUUAUUACAACAUAUAAAACUGUAUAAAAGUACAUAACUUUAAUACUUAACAGACAUAUUUCCCAUUCCACCGUUCAUUAUGUAGCCCAGUUCUGAGCACAGCAGAUGGGCGAAUAGCGCUCAGAACUCACGAAUGAUAUGGCUAGGUUCCUUGAUAUAAAGUCGUUUUGUGUCUUUUGUCCCGAACACGAGAUGGCGGCCAUGUUUUAAGGUUGAUAGAUGGACAGUGGGACAUGGACCUAAAACCCCUGGAAUGAGUAACGGCUGAACAAUUACUCGAAUCCCGCUCACAGGCUGGUUGUCUUACCGAACUGAGACCGCCAUAAAAGGGGGUACUUAAGCUGCGGUUAACCUCAGUUUCAACGUUCUAAUUGAGAACACACAUCAGGAUGCGGGUGGGCCUCGUUCGGGAGUCUUUCGUGGUUCAGUUCAGUGAAUUAUUACACGAACUAGGCCACCCGGAGAUCGUCAAUUAUGCUUGUGGUUAACCGCAGACCGCAGCUUCCUGGCUGUCAAUUAGCGGCACACUUCGCUCGUGGGGUGGUCGGCUGUUCGGUACUUUCAAAGGUGACCGGGUUAAGUGGCGGCACACGCCAAGGGCUGGGUGGUACAUCGUUUGUAUACACGAAUAAAUAGUUAUAAUGGGUCAGGGAAUGUGUUCACACAGUCUGAAUACCGAACAGGGUAUUGGUAAACAAAAGGAAGUACUUCUGCAACAGUUUGUAGGGUUCUUGUAACAAAUGGCAUGAGCACUUCCCUCUUUCUACUACUAAUACCUCUCCCUAUACAACCAAGCAUUCUGCUAGCAUUUCCUGCUGCUCUAUUACAUUGUCUGCCUACCUUUAAGUCAUCAGAAAUAAUCACCCCUAAAUCCCUUUCCUCAUAUGUUGAGGUUAAGACUCUAUCAAAUAUUCUGUACUCUGCCCUUGGGUUUUUACGUCCAAGAUGCAUUAUCUUGCACUUAUCCACAUUAAAUGUCAGUUGCCACAAUUCUGACCAUUUUUCUAGUUUACCUAAAUCAUUUGUCAUUUGGCUUAUCCCUCCUGGAACAUCAACCCUGUUACAGAUCUUAGUAUCAUCAGCAAAAAGACAUACCUUACCAUCAAGACUGUAAUGGACCAUUUUGAACACAAGGGGAAAAAAACGUUUAGGCGAUUAGCCCCCUUUCCAGAGAUACAGGCACAGCUACUGCAGAACACCAAAUUCCCGAACUGGAUACAAAAUAGCACUCCAACUCCCGAACUGGAACCUCCCAAAUAGCUGCUAGCAGACGAACAGGAAAAGCAGACAAUCAGCUUACACUCCUGGCAAUCAGUCUCUAACAGCAUACAGUGAAUCCCCCCAAGAACGAGACAAGGCUCCAUGUUGAGGGUCAAGCAGUGGUCUGAGGUGCUGGCACACCCAGCCUGGUUUUUAUUACAGUCUUGCAAAUACAGGACCGGGAGGUAUAAAAUAUCCAGUAACAUAUUAGUUACAACCCACAGAUUCCCUCCCCCUUAUCCUGAGAGGUAACCCAAUUAGCUCUUCCUUUUUACCACAAUGCAUCCUGGCUUCCUCUCCUCUGCCCAGGAGAUAAUUGAGAAGUAAUUAAAUUAUCUCCCAGGACAGAGAUAAAACUCCAUUAUGCACAUGGUUACACAAAACAAGCAUUACUGUUAAAAUACACCAGGUAAGACACAUUACAUUAAAACUAUACAUUUAACAUAUCCCCAGAUAGCUCAGGUCUGAGCGCACAUUAUUAUCAGAAUGGCGCUCAGACCACACAAAUGCAGUUUAAUCGCCAUGGAGCCAAAGUCUUUACAGUCAGUUUCAUAUGAAUGGGCUCCAUGGGAUUCCUGUCUGGGGUAUAACACAUUCAAACAAAUCUACCGAACCCCAGGCAGAAAAGCACGAAUUAAGCUUUUCUGCAGGUAAAAAAAAUGUCUUUUAACAGGGGGCCAUAGUCCAAAGGCAGCAGGCGAGCAACCAGGCUUCUCCAAUGCAAUGUGGCGAGAUUGGUCUCGUCACAAAGACCUUCUGCAAUAUCACUAAUAAAAAUAUUAAAGAGAAUGGGUCCAAGUACAGAUCCCUGAGGUACCCCACUGGUGACAAGUCCAAGCUUCGAAUAUAUUCCAUUAACUACAACCCUCUGUUGCCUGUCACUCAGCCACUGCCUUACCCAUUCAACAAUAUUGGAAUCCAAACUUAAAGAUUGCAGUUUAUUGAUAAGCCUUCUAUGUGCAACAGUGUCAAAAGCCUGUAUUAGAAAUCAUAUUAAUUAAGUAGUUGGUGACUGUAGGUAAUUCAUUUUAGGGAUAUUUGAAAUACCACGGUUAUAUAUCUACCUUCUGUUUUGUAAAUUAGGUCAGCUGAGUUUUACCAGCCCUUUCCCUCCCUCUUGCAUGCCCCUUGACAAACUAGUCAAUAUCGCUCAAUAUAAGAUCAUUUCAGCUCCACCUACUAUGCCUGACAAUGAACAUGGCACUGUAUCUGUCCUCUUUAUUUAGAAUUGGACAGUUUGGAGUUCCAUCCUCUGUGAAGAAUUCCCCUUUUGUAACCUAGUAAACAUUGCCCAUCACAUUACAACAUUGCCUCAUCAACUUUUGCUGUAAUCUGGUUUGGGCCUCAUCAGUGUUACAUUGGUGUUACAUUGUGUUGUCUUUACUUUCAAGUAUUUACUUUCUAAGUUAGCAAUGACUAAUUAGGUAACUGUGAAUAGGUUAAUUAAAUUUAUGUCAGGCUAGCUGCCUGCUUACCUCUCCACUCGGCUGUACACUGCCCUGUUCCCUCUGGUGUUUCGAAUGAUGCUGCACGCAUGUGCACAGCGUGCAUUGACGUGCGCCUGAAUGUGGUCCUGAAUUUAACGUUCACCAAACCGAAUGCCAAACUUGGGGAAAUCGAAUUCAACGCAAAAAUAUGACCUCCGAGGUCACACUAGAAUGAAUCAUAAGAAAUUGCAAGAUGACCUGGACCAAUAAGAAAUAACACCUGCCUAUAUAUGCUCACCCCUCCCGUUCCUUGUGACUUUGUAGUAGUUUUUGUUAGCGUAUUACAGUUGGUAAUUAUCUUGGUUCUUUGGUGAUUCUUUGACUACAGCUUGUUUAAAGUUUAUCCUGAUUUCUGUAUUCCUUUGACCUCGGCUAUUCUCUCUGACUCUGUUUAUCCAUAAACCUGGCCAUUCUAAGGACCAGCAUAUGGAAAGUUUAUUUAUUGUGAUUCAGUCUGUGUUCUGGUUCCGCCCGAUCCUGACAGUUUGGAAAUGAUGUGCUCGCAACUUCAACCAAUAGGAUCAUGGUGGGAUAUUUAAAGGUCUAGAGGGAUUUGCACUCCUGAAAAGUUGUGAGUAAAACUUGUGUCGAGAUCUUUCCUCUGUGUGUAUCUCUAUUUCCCUCCCAUAAAGCCCCUUAUUUCAUAUCAACAGAGUAGGCUACUCAGGCCUUCUGAGCUACUGUUUCUGUACUAGGGUAAAUUUAGAGAACAGCCUUGACACUGAUCCUAUUUCCUCUCCUUCUAUUGCGCUAUAUUUAUUUUGUUUUGUACUCCAUACUAGCACUAUGAGAGCAGAGGUGUACUGGCAUGACCCCUAGUGUUGACAUAGGUGUAUUACAUUUAUCUUUCUAUACUUCUUCGCUACUAUUUCAGAUUUUGAGUAUAGUGACACUUAGGCGAUAAAAUAAUGAGAGUAUGACACCUGCUGGUGACCAGUUGGUAUUCCUUUCAGGGAAAAUUGAAUAGCAUUUAGAAAUGUAUUAUUUGAAAUUGGAUCUCGUUUUGAUAUUUGACUUUGUAACAGGUGUGGCGGGAUUGCCUAAACUGUGAAUUGCCUUGUUUCUUUGGGUGUGGAUGUGCCUUCUAGAAUGUGUGUUUUUCCUCUUUCCUAUUCCUUUUUCUAUAAGUUUGACUAUAAAAUCCUGCAAUUUGCCUUUUGACUGGCCGGGGGCUAACGAGGUGUGAAAACCACAGACUGCAAGGGAACGAGCGGCGUGUGCUGCCCUUGGGUGGCCGUCGGAUCGUAUUGCCGAAUGCCCACCAGGGGGAACAUUCGUCUCCCGAACAGUGCCGGACCACCAUGAUACUCCAAUUAGAACAUUCACACCUCGCUAAUGAGGUGUGAAAACAGCAGACCGCAGGGGAACAAUCAGUGUGUGCCACCCCUGGGUGGCUGCCGGUUUGUAUUACAGAACGCCCACCAGGGGGAGCAUUCAUCUCCCUAAUGGCCUGUGUACACUGUCUUUGAUCCCGGUGUCAGGGAUUACCCUACCCACUCCCAACAGAGCUAUAGUCACUCCUCCCUUCCCUUGUCCUACCCGUAGUCCCUCAUCCCUGUCCCUCACAUGGGAGCUAUGAGGUUACGCUCAUGGCUGCCCUGGAGAGGGACGCCCACCAGUCCUGAGGGUCCCUGGGGUUGCGAGUUGGGAGAGGGAGCGCCCAUUCAAAACUCGGUUCGCACCACUCUCCUGGUUGGCCGGCACGAAUAAAGCGUGGGUUGGUCGCCGCAGGGUGCGAGCGACCAAUCCGAGGAGGAGCACUUGUUCAAAUGGGGUUACACGCCCUUCCCUCGGAUUGGGCGGCGAAACCCUUCCCGUCCUUGGGCGCCUCUCAGCGGAUUGGUGACAUCAGGUUUCACGCGAUUGGGCCACGAAACCCCCAUCCUCCUCAUGCAUGGAUUGGUGCAACCGAGUUUCGCGCCCUUCUUUCGGAUUGGGCGGCAAAACUCCUUCCUCCCCUUAACGCUGAUUUGCGCAAUUUGGCUCGCGCCAUUUCGACUGAUUGGUCAUUGCUUGGCUUAGGCGCGAAGAUUGAAUUCGGCAGACUAAACCAAGCAAUGCCAUGGAACUGAUUUUAGGGAUGUACAGAGCCUUAAGCCCAAGACUUUCGACGCUGAUAUCUCUGCCUCUGUACAUCUGAUCGCCCCACUUUUUACAAGGAUCCCAGAUGAGACUUGGGGCUAUUCCCCCAUAUAAAAUGUAACCCUGUACCCCCUCCCUGUCCCGGGGCGCUGAGCCCCAAAGUUCACCAACCUGUAUGUGAAGUGUACUCAUGCGUGUCCCUGUGUCCUAUUAGUAUCUCCCAAAGCGGUAGAUGGUUAUCUGUUCCCAGCCCCUUCUGUAUGCGCGGUAGUCUGUGCAUAAAAAGCUGUGUGCCCAAUAUACAUUGUCAAACAUUGUAUCCUGGAACUGUGCCCCAUCCUGGGGAAAUGGGUCCGACCUACUCUAACCAAAGGGGAUAACCAGCGAUGUUACCCAGGUCCCGCUACAACAGGAAUUAGGGGGUUAGACCAUGGUAAAGAAUAGAGUUGAGCGAACCUGAACUGAAAAAUUCGGGUUUAUACCAAACAUUAGGUUUUUUGGUCCCCGAACCGAACACGGACACAUCAUUGUAUGUUCAGGUUGGAGUUCAGUGUUCGUCGAUUUAAUAGCGCAUUUUCAAAGGCUGCAGGGCAGCCAAUCAACAAGCGUUUGACUCAUGUGCCCUUAGAAGCCAUCACAGCCAUGCCUACUACUGGCAUGGCUGUGAUUGGCCAGUGCAGCCUCUAUAUAUAAGCUGGAAUCGCGUAGCGGUCUUAUUAAUGUAGGGAGAGGAUGCUGCCGUUGAUAGGGACAGCUUAGGAAAGAAUUCUGCAAACUAGUGCAUUAGUUGGGUGGGAUGCACUUCAUAUCUGAGAGUCAAAUAAAAGCUUCAAAUACUCGGUUACAUCGGAGUUUUAAAAAGUAAUUUUUAUUUUGGUGCUAAAUAGUACAUUAGUGGGGUAGUACAUUAGUGGGGUGCACUUCAUAUCGGAGAGUCAAAUAGAAGUGUCUAAUAGUCUGCUUACAGCGUAGUGGUAAACAUUCUUAUUUUCUGGGUGCUAAUCUGCUAAAUAGUACAUUUUGGGGCCUGCUCUUCAUAUCUGAGAGUUAAAUAGAAGCGUCAAAUAGUGCGCUUACUGCGCACUUGUAAACAUUCUAAUUGUUUUGCUGCUAAUCUGCUGCUUACAUUGGAGUUUUAAAAAGUCCAUUUUUUUUGGCGCUAAAUAGUAUAUUUGGGGUGCUCACUUUAUAUCUGAGAGUCAAAUUGAAGCGUAACUUUGAUUCGAAUUUACUACAUCGGUCACUUGUAAUAUUGUUUCACACCUACAACACUUGUUAAACAGAUCUAAGUGAUAGAAAACAGAUUGAUAUUUUCUACACUAGAAACUACCAGAUAACAAGCUGCUAUAUUUAAACCAGUGAUCAAUAGCUAAGAGGUACUUCAACAAUAUUGUAAUUCUGGGCAAUACCCUCACAAGUCAAACUGAGAGGUCUGUUUAUAGGGAAAACUGUUGCCUGGAGGAAAUUCUUAAACAAUUUCCAUAUGUCCUUUGCAGACUUUACAUGCUGGAAAAACACAGGUGCCAACUGCUGUGGCUUUCUGCAGUGUGCAUACCGGCAAGGAGGGCAGGGUUGAGGAGUGGGUGGAAGAUGAUGUCGAGAAUGAUGAGGUCCUACACCCCACAUGGAAUCAAGGUCAUGCGAGUGACGUGUGCAGUUUGGAGGAAGAGGCGCUGUGACACAGAGGCACCAGCACAGCAUAAGAGGGAGCAUGGUGCAAAAGCGGAGCGGACGUCCCCUAGCGCUAGUCGACAUGUAUUAGCUCGAGAAUUACCAGUUAUCCAAGUAAUACAUGUAGCGAUCAAAGGAACUAUAAUAGACUUGAGCGAACCCCGAACUGCAAAGUUCGGGUUCGUACCAGAUUUAACAAUGCAUUCAUAGUUUCACAGUGAGGUGGGCAGUCUGGUGACCAGGACCCAGACACUGUCCGAAUGUGACAUUCACUGUAGCGGCUGUGCGCGAUUUUGGCGUUGUCACCCUGCUGCUGCUCACCUGGCUGCACUACAGCAAAACUUCGGCCUUCCCGCUCACUUAUCUCCAAUUGAUCAGAGUUAAAGGAUUUCAAGUGUACUCAUUACAACUACAGAGCCUCAAAAGAGUCCUGUAUUGUUAUUUGUCGUCACUACCUUCCCGCAUUGGGAGUGGGUCAUUUGCGCGCGUGCUGUCUUCCUUGCACGUGGUAGCCGUUUCUCAGGGUCCCUGUACGAAAUGGAACCCUGAUUCCCCAUUACCCGUGGUCACUAUGGUAGGCGCAGAAACUGGCAUCGAAAGUUGAUAUGGAUGACAUCCGCAUGCAAAGUCGCCGCCACGGGGAUAUGCGAUUUGCCCGAGGUUCUCUAGAUUCAACAAAGUUCCUGCGCAACUAUAAUGUCAACAGCUACUCUGCGGAACAGAGUUGUCUUUUUUAUAUGUCCCAAUAUUUUGGGGGCUACCCCAAUUAAAAUAAAAUAAUAUAUAUAUAUAUAUAUAUAUAUAAACAGUGUUGGCUACCUCAUCCUCCUGCUCCACGGUCACAGCCUUCUCAACCUAUGGGUCACUUAGUAUAAACUAGGUACACAUUAGCAGAGGCUUGUGAAGGCCUUUUCUCCAUGCAUCAGGAGUUGAGCUCAGUCUGAACAAUUAAAGAGAAUACCCUGCACUCCAACCCUCUCUCAAAUGGAUAAUUCUGUUUUUUCUCCUGACAGCCAUGCUUUAGAUUUUGAUUUAUGUUCUUCCAAAGCUAAAAUCAAAGAUUCCAUCUAGUGCUAUUUUAUGGCUCAGCUGUAUUUUACAUUUUUAUGUUAUUUAAAGUGAUUUCCCUACCCACAUUUGUUUACAGGGCACUUGUCCUACUCUUACCCCAUUUUACAUCAUUUUGCAGCUCUCUAGCCCUUUCCAGGAGUUUUUAGAGGCAUUUUUGUGGCCAAAAGUUCGGGUCGACUUUGACUUCAAUGGGGUUCGGGUUUGGGGUCAAGUUUGGGGUCAAGUUCGAGCCCGAACCCGAGCUUUUUUUUUUUAAAGUUUGGCCGAACCCGCCGGACCCGAACAUCCAGGUGUCCGCUCAACUCUAGUAAAGAAAUUUUAAAAUGUGAUGCUUUUUAAAUAUAUCCUCUAUAUACAUUGACUCUAAAGGGCAUUAACACAAAAAAUGCCUUACAUUGUUUUUUGGAUGAGAGAUAAAUAGCAAUUUAGUUAUCUGCCCAUGCUGGUUAUUAGACCUUUAUAAAUGUAUAUCGCUAUAGAAUGGAUCCUAUUGCAGAGUAAUUGUGGAAUAAACAGUAUGGAGAACGAAUUAUUUCCCCAGAGUCUAACAGCAUACAUUAGUAUGGAAUAAUCACUGAGAUGGUUUAGAAGAGAAUACUUGGUUGUGAGCUGACAUAGUCAUAACCAAUAUACACCAACCGAUAUUUUAAGAAUGCGAAUGGCAACGAAUCGCACAAUAAAAUCAGCAGUUGAGGUUUACCCUUGCUACCGCUACCGUACAGUUUUCGUUCAUGGAAACCUGAAUAGCCUCAGAAAAAAGGUAUUAGUAAUGCCAUAAUGGGUGGGUGGUCAAUUGCCCACUUACCGUUACCUUUAAUUUUUGUGUGAAUCCUCUGUUUUCUUAGAAAAGAUUCCAAUCAAUCAUUCCUAAAGUAAGUUCUUUCACUUCAUAAUUUCUAGAUAUAUAAUAAUCUGAUUUCGUCAGUUCAGAAUUGUCAUUGCAAAAAUGACUGAUAUUGUGAAGCCAUUAGACCUUACAAUCUUGAGCCAUUUUUACAUGUCAACACACUCAUAGCCCUUUUUUUCCUGCUGUUCUGACUUCCGAAUGGCUUUUCUGAAUAUGUUUAAGUACCGAAACUUGGCUGAAAUAAACGGCAACAUGAAUUAAAUUCUGUCAACCCAAAUUCUUUUUUAAAAUCUCAAUUAUUGCAGAAGAACCGAAAUGUUUAGACCUGCGCAAGCUUGGUGCUCACUCCUUAUCACGGCCUAUGCAGUUGUUUUACUGAGAGUCAUUAUACGGUAUAGUGACCAGGAAUUGGUUGGCACCUUGUAUUUUCUUUAUUUUAUCACCUCUCAUUUGUUUGUUUAAAUAAUGCUGUUAAAGGUCCUAAAAUAAAAAGCUGUUUCUCUCAGUUUAUAAUAUGAUUCUGUCAGUGAUCGGACAUUAAACACUCAAAGAAACCACAACCUCAAUUUCCUGCAAAACAGUCUGUGGUCAGACACGUCCUAAUAUACAACGUACAUAUGCAGAAAUGCAACAUUGAUAAUUUUUUAGCUCUUCUUAUUAACAAUUUUAUUAUAUAUAUAUAUAUAUAUAUAUAUAUAUAUAUAUAUAUAUAUUUGUGAAAUUAUUCUUUAUACAAUGUACACAUCCUGAUAUGCAUUUGUUUCCCUGAUGUCAAAUAAAUCUCAGUUGUUUGUAAAAUUUUACAAAUGUUAAAAAUUACAAGAUUUUUAAAUAAAGACUCGAGAUGUUUUAUGUAAAAGCAAAAAUGAAGGAUCUGCUGAAUCAAUAGAAAGUUUCUGCUGAAUUCUCUACACUUUCCAUAGUUAGUUACAUAGUUACAAGAAAAUACGUAUAUAUUGUGGGAUAAAACUAAUACUUGCAUAAUGGCAAAAACGCAAUUGAGCUAAUAUGCCAUGAGAUGCUAAAAUGAAAAGACAAGAUGUUUUCUUAAAGUUUUGCCUUGUCAUCUUAAGAGCCAGACAGUGAAUAAAUACAUAGUGUCAAUAAAGAUAAGAGCAAAGAUAAGACAUAUAUUUGCUAAUUAAAAAGUAUUUGUUCAGCAAACAUACAUGCAUAUUCCUAUAAGGUAUAUGAUUAAGUUUAGUUAUAUACAAAAUAGUAAUAUAGCAUUAUAUAUUCCUAGCAACAUAUACAUUUGUAGAAACAUAUAUAUACAUGUAAAGAUGUAAUUAUCUAUACAUAGAUUAAGUAUGACAACUUAAAAUCUUGAAAUAUAAUAACGCUUAGGUAAGCUAAGGACAAACUGGUUUGAACAACCAAAGUCCAAAUUGAGAAAGGAGAAACGCUGACUAAGAAGUUUUCAAAUUAAAACAUUCCUAAAUUGUCCUGAACAAGAAGUUAAUCUUAGAUAUAAUAAUAGCUGGUAAUAUUCCUGACAUUUGUCAACAGCUCCACCUGCUGUUUGAAACAUAAAGAGAUCUAGAAAUAUAUAGGACGACAGAGUUACCAGCUGUACUCUUAUGCAGAUGGAACAUGAGAUGGAGCUAAAGAAAGAAAUGUGAAUUUGUCUUGUUUAUUAUGGAGGGAACCCAUCAGAGGAUAUCGUGGCCUGAACACUAUAGGACGUACAGACAUAUCUGUUGGCGAAAGGUGAUUGGGCGAACCAGCUACAAUUAACCGAACGAUGGGCAUUAGAUGUAUCCCCAGUCAGUUCGGCAGCUCCUUACCACAAGCCCAAGAUUCUCUAUAAUGAGUUCAAUACAUUCGCGGAAGCAAAGGAGGACAUAGAUGAAUUUCUGCAGAACUUUGAAUGUCUAUGCCUGUUACAUGACAUUUCUACAAGAGAUUGGCACUCCCUCCUGGCAGGGAAAUUAACAGGAAAAGCUGCAGGCGCUUACCGAGCUGUGCCAGAUACCGAACUGCGGAACUAUGCUAGGGUGAAACAAGUCCUGCUGGCCCAAUAUGCAAUUACACCAGAGGCAUAUUGCAAGAAAUUCCAUGAAUCAAAGAAAAAUGACAAGGAUGCUUGCCGUCUCACCAGAGCAGCCCAUAAUUGGAUGUAGGCUCAACAGGUGAAGACCCUGGAGCAGAUACUACAAGUCUUUCUGCUGGAGCAGUUCAAUAAUGGCCUCCCCUCAGAAGCCCAAAAAUUGGUAAGGGACAGACACCCCUAGCCCUAACAGAAACAGCUCAGCAAGCUGAUGAGUAUUUGGCUGCCCAGAGACCCCAAUGGCCCAGCUACCGACAUCACCUUUGUCCUGCACUUCCCUAUAAUCCUACUCCAGCACCACAACACCACAGCCAGCUGACACUGGUGACAAUCCAGAGGGCGCCAAGUCGGACAAAUACCCAGUGCAACCAUGGCUUGAGGUAUGGGCACAUACCUGACCCCAGCAGAGAGACCUGUCCCAAUGGGUAUGUCCCAGACAACCACCCGCACCGUCAACUACUAACAGGCUGCUCCCUCCUACACUUCAACUCACACCGAGGAAGCCUGGGGUUUUCUGCACAAGGUUGACCUGUCCAAGCCGCAGCUGAUAAUAGGAGCCAUCCUAGACAGUCAGUGAGGUUAAACGAUACAACCGUACAUGGUCUGUGGGACACAGGUGCCACACUGACCCUGGUACAGCAUCAGCUGGUCACAGAGGUGAAAAGACAGGAGGAACAGUGGCCAUCUGGGAAGCAGGGGGAGCAGUAUACUCCCUACUAGCUGCUAAGAUUCACCUAGACUGGGGUGCUGGAAAUGGAAUGGUCGAGGUGGGACUCAUGCACCACCUGCCUGCAGAAGUUCUACUGGGCAACGACCUGGCACAACUUACCUCCACCUCCCUUUCCCUUGCCCCAUUCCCCCUUCUCUGGAAUAUACCUGAGAGUUUGAAAGGGAGGUAGCAUUGGCUCCCUCCCUGCAGAAAUAUAGGAACAAAGUAGCCACUAGUAUCACACACAAUCUGAUAUAUAUUGUAUGUCAGAUUGUGUGUGUUUUUUGUAUUCCGGCAUAUAGUAUGAGACUUAAGGGUGUCAGGGAGUCUCACUACAAAAAAAGACCUACCGGGAGAUUUGGGAUGUCUGCUUAUGCCUUAAGCUUCAGCCUUUGUCAAGAUUGUCAAGUGUAGGAAAAAUACACAAUCCAAAAUAGUCCCUACUUUUUCAUGUUUUAAAAAGAAAUAGAAAAGAAAUGAAGAACAGAUUCUGAAAGCGGAAGAUAAGAGCAAACAAUCCGAGGAAGGUAAGUUUGAGGUGACAGAUACACUUUAGGUUUUCUCAACCGCUUAUCCUUCCUCCACCAUAAUUCUUCAGUACGCAGUUCUUCAAGACAAACCAUGGUUCUUAAAAGAUCCAGUGAGAUGGCCAAGAUCUUCGUUCUCACACGCUAGGCAUCUAUUGAGCAUCAUUUUAACUCUUUGAUAUGUUAUCACUAUACAAACAGGUAUCUGGUACACAAUGAGUGUCUCCCUCUUCACACCCAUAUCACUAUGAAGUAGUCAGGGUACCAGGUCCCCCAGGUUUUAACUCUGCAACUGUAAACAUAGCAGUGUAACGGACCGUUUCUCUCACAAGGGGAUAAAAUCGUUUAGGCGAUAAUCCCCUUUCCCAUAGACCAGCAGCUAUUGCAAUCACCAACUUCCCGAACUCCAAACUGUACGAAUCCCCAACUCACGAACAAGAAAUACACGAACUCUGGAAGCAGCCGAACAGGAAAAGCAAUACGAAUGGCUUACACUCCUGGCAGUCAGCACACAAUCCAAUUCCCCCAAUAACGAGACGACACUUCGUUUUGAGGGUUAAGCAGAAUCUAAGGAUUUAUUCACACAGCCUCCUUUUAAGACAUUCUCCCAUGCAAGGGAGGGAUCCACAACAAUUAGUACCCCAGCCAAUAAUGUACCAGUUACCUCCCACACAUCUCCUCCCCUUAGUGUGACACAUAAUCCCAUUAGUACAGACACAAAUUCCCUGGGAUACUGGAUGUACCCCUAAACAUAGGAAUACCCCUUUAAAUGUUACAUCCCCUGGUAACCCUGAUCUGGGUGAGACACAUAUCCAAAAAUCACCCAGAUCGGACCAGGGGUUCAGGAAUUAGAAAGGGUUAAAGUUUUGACCGACUGCAUGGCAAAAGUAUCCGAAAAUAGUUCCAUGUAUUUUGGCCCUGCAGUCGGUCACAGAAAAGGGAAUCAAACACACGAAUGGCCUGUGUUACAGAGCUUGGGGAGGAUUUGUAUGAAUCCCCCUGUUCGUGGGAUCCUUUCUACCGAACGGCGGGCCGUUCGGUAGUUUCUGCACGAAUUGCUGGAAGUCUGGAGGUCUCAGCGGUGUUUGCUUAGUCAAGUGUCCGAUUUUAGUUCCAGACACUCGACGGCAAAACACCGCUGUUCGGGAGUUUAAGAUGGCCGCCGCCACGUGUUCGUUUCCCGAAUGGCGGCCACCCAGAGGACACAACACACAUUACACAUAUUGCCAAUUACCCGUUUGCAACAUUGUUGCAAACGGUAAUUGGAGGCACACUUACUCCCGGGUGGUCUGGUUGUUCGGUAGUUUCACCCAAUAUAAUGAAUGAAGUGAUUCUACCGAACAAUCAGGGGAAUGCUGCAUUCACAUCACACUUUAUACUGAACACAUAAUAUUAAAUACAGCCUGAAUGCAAUUUGCUACAUAGUCUUAAAAAGGCAUUAUUCCUAACAGGCAGAAUAUGUUCACGGAUGGCCCUUAAAGGGCCAGUAGCAGCAAUAUAAGAAGGUCCCAUGCCCAAAGAUUGCAUACAAAAGUACGAAUUCACAAGGGGCCAUAGUCAGAUGGCAGGAGGCUGGCAACCAGGCUUCUCCAGUGCAUAGUGGCGAGGUUGGUUUCGCCACACUUCUCCCCUUUACCAAUCAGACUAACAGGGUAUCUGACCUCCUGCCGGUCAGUGCCCUUGUUAGUCCAGCAGCCCACCCACAAAACACAAUCAGUAAUACAGCCCACCCACCAUAACUGGCUACUACACCUGGGUAGCGGAGAACUUUGUCCGUGUCCAGGUGCCUCACCAUGGCUGUGUGGGUGACUGGUCAGCGUACUGGGUGGGUUGCUGAGUGGGCAGAGACCAGCGGUACUCUGUCCUGGGGCCAGCACUACCAUGGGAGCAGUCUGGUUGGAGCCUGGUUGCUGGAGGAGAAGACAGACUGUCUCCCCUUUGCCUAAACAGUCCUGCUGCUGGUUGACAGGACCGACUGUCCCUACCCCCGGUGGUGCAUGUGCAGCGACUACUGUCCCAUCUGCACUGUUGUGGAGAUUACUGUCUCCCCUGGGUGGGCUAAGCUGCCGCUGGGGAGAGGGUGUAACAAGCUCCUCUCCCAUACAUACUUUCAGCCGCUGGGGAGAGGGGAUAACAAGCUCCUCUCCCUGACACUCUCUCUGCUGUUGAAGGGGGAGACCGACUGUCUCCCCUUUCAAUAAUUCGUCCUGUUGCUGGGGAGAGGUGAUAACUGGUUCCUCUCCCUGGAACACUCUCUGCUGUUGGAGAGGGGGACUAACUGUCUCCCCUUUUAAUAUAUUGUCCUGCUGCUGGGGAGCGAGACCGACUGUCUCCGCUUCCUGCAGGACACACUGCCGCUGGGGAGGAAGGACGGCACCUUCUGCUCCCUGGAACACACACUGCCGCUGGGGAGGACGGACGACACCUUCAGCUCCCUGGGACACACACUGCCGCUGGGGAGGAAGGACUGCACCUUCAGCUCCCUGGGGUACACACUGCCGCUGGGGAGGAAGGACGACACCUUCAGCUCCCUGGGACACACACGGCCGCUGGGGAGGAAGGACGACACCUUCAGCUCCCUGGGGUACACACUGCCGCUGGGGAGGAAGGACGACACCUUCAGCUCCCUGGGGUACACACUGCCGCUGGGGAGGAAGGACUGCACCUUCUGCUCCCUGGGACACACACACUGCCGCUGGGGAGGAAGGACGGCACCUUCUGCUCCCUGGGGUACACACUGCCGCUGGGGAGGAAGGACGGUACCUUCCGCUCCCUGGGAUACACACUGCCGCUGGGGAGGAAGGACGGCACCUUCUGCUCCCUGGGGUACACACUGCCGCUGGGGAGGAAGGACGGUACCUUCAGCUCCCUGGGAUACACACUGCCGCUGGGGAGGAAGGACGGCACCUUCUGCUCCCUGGGGUACACACUGCCGCUGGGGAGGAAGGACGGUACCUUCAGCUCCCUGGGAUACACACUGCCGCUGGGGAGGAAGGACGGUACCUUCAGCUCCCUGGGAUACACACUGCCGCUGGGGAGGAAGGCGGCACCUUCUGCUCCCUGGGGUACACCUAUGAGUCCCUGUAACGCACUCUGCCUCCGGAUAGGGCGGCUGAUACCUUUGGCUGGAUCUGCCAUGAACUCCAGGUACUCGUCUACCUGGCUCCUUACGAACUGCACGUAUUUCUCCGGGGGGUUGGGUCCAAAGAAAGCCAGCCACAUAGCAAACUCUCUGUCAUACUGCUCCUGAGUGUAGCUAGGUGCCAUGCUUGCGCUGCUGAAGUUGGCUCUUUUGUCGAUAGGGUCGCUGUACGUGUACUGGCGUUGCCCUCACUUUGUAAUCCAAGGAAUGGUGUUGCCCUCACUUUGUAAUCCAAGGAAUGGUGUUGCCCUGUAGCUGUCUUUCUGGUUGUAGGAACGAUCCCGCCGCUUGCCACCAAUUGUAACGGACCGUUUCUCUCACAAGGGGAUAAAAUCGUUUAGGCGAUAAUCCCCUUUCCCAUAGACCAGCAGCUAUUGCAAUCACCAACUUCCCGAACUCCAAACUGUACGAAUCCCCAACUCACGAACAAGAAAUACAAUUACUCUGGAAGCAGCCGAACAGGAAAAGCAAUACGAACGGCUUACACUCCUGGCAGUCAGCACACAAUCCAAUUCCCCCAAUAACGAGACGACACUUCGUUUUGAGGGUUAAGCAGAAUCUAAGGAUUUAUUCACACAGCCUCCUUUUAAGACAUUCUCCCAUGCAAGGGAGGGAUCCACAACAAUUAGUACCCUAGCCAAUAAUGUACCAGUUACCUCCCACACAUCUCCUCCCCUUAGUGUGACACAUAAUCCCAUUAGUACAGACACAAAUUCCCUGGGAUACUGGAUGUACCCCUAAACAUAGGAAUACCCCUUUAAAUGUUACAUCCCCUGGUGACCCUGAUCUGGGUGAGACACAUAUCCAAAAAUCACCCAGAUCGGACCAGGGGUUCAGGAAUUAGAAAGGGUUAAAGUUUUGACCGACUGCAUGGCAAAAGUAUCCGAAAAUAGUUCCAUGUAUUUUGGCCCUGCAGUCGGUCACAGAAAAGGGAAUCAAACACACGAAUGGCCUGGGUUAUAGAGCUUUGGGAGGAUUCGUAUGAAUCCCCUUGUUCGUGUGAUCCUUUCUACCGAACGGCGGGCCGUUCGGUAGUUUCUGCACGAAUUGCUGGAAGUCUGGAGGUCUCAGCGGUGUUUGCUUAGUCAAGUGUCCGAUUUUAGUUCCAGACACUCGACGGCAAAACACCGCUGUUCGGGAGUUUAAGAUGGCCGCCGCCACGUGUUCGUUUCCCUAAUGGCGGCCACCCAGAGGACAAAACACACAUUACACAUAUUGCCAAUUACCCGUUUGCAACAUUGUUGCAAACGGUAAUUGGAGGCACACUUACUCCCGGGUGGUCUGGUUGUUCGGUAGUUUCACCCAAUAUAAUGAAUGAAGUGAUUCUACCGAACAAUCAGGGGAAUGCUGCAUUCACAUCACACUUUAUACUGAACACAUAAUAUUAAAUACAGCCUGAAUGCAAUUUGCUACCUAGUCUUAAAAAGGCAUUAUUCCUAACAGGCAGAAUAUGUUCACGGAUGGCCCUUAAAGGGCCAGUAGCAGCAAUAUAAGAAGGUCCCAUGCCCAAAGAUUGCAUACAAAAGUACGAAUUCACAAGGGGGCCAUAGUCAGAUGGCAGGAGGCUGGCAACCAGGCUUCUCCAGUGCAUAGUGGCGAGGUUGGUUUCGCCACAAGCAGUUUCAGAGAAACUGCUGUGUUUACACUGAGGGUUAAUCCAGCCUCUAGUGGCUGUCUCACUGACAGCCACUAGAGGCCGUUUCCGCGAUUCUCACUGUGAAAAUCACAGUGAGAAGAUGCUGGACAUCCAUAGGAAAACAUUGAGUGAUGCUUUCCUAUGGGCGGUUUGAAUGCGCAUGUGCACUCAGCGCUGAUGUCGGCAGCGCCAAGGGAGCCAGGCGCUGGAGAAAGGUAAGUGGCUGAAGGGGCUUUAACCCCUUCAGCCCAGCCUAAGGACUACAUAGUGCCAGGAAAACAGGUUUGUUUUCCUGGCACUAUAGUGGUCCUUUAAUGAUUGUAGCUGUGAGAUCCACCUGUAGACUGAGAGGGCAACUCCCAUCAAGCGUGUGUGUGUUAUAGCUCACAGUGUCAGCAAUGGCAAGGAACAUAUAAUCUCUGUCACUCCAGCUGUUGUGGGAUGGAACUGAAUAAAAAAAUCAAAAACAACAAGCACAAUAAAUAAAAGUAAUGCCCUGUUUGAGUUAUGUGUCCACUUUCUUACUCUUUCUCUAAGUGUAUCCAGACAAUUCCUUUCUAUACAUGCUCUGUAUAUUUACUAAGAGGUAAUUAUAUUGCCCUGACUUUGGGAGCAUAAGUAAAAGUGAAACAAUCUGUUCUUUAUUUCAAAUUAGUAAAUAUGAAUCAUAUCACAGAAUUUUGAUGUUUUAUUAAAAGAUUAUUAUUUUUGUUUAUCUAUGUGGUUUUUUUCACAGAUCCAGUGCAGGAAUGAAAAACAAUUCUCCAGUUGCAGCGAGCGUCCAAUCUUUGCACAGCUCCCCAUUUCAUCUGUUUUAUUGAGG